UCCUCCAGAGGAGAAGAAGCCGUCUGCUCCAGUACCAAAGCCUACGCCUCCUCGUCCUGCAGAGAAAGUAGCGCCUCCUGCAGUGUCUCCUCCAGCGGAAAAGAAACCAUCUCCACCAGCUCCAAAGGUUCCCGUAGAAAAAGUUGCAGCUCCAGUUGCACCAAUGGAGAAGAAACCCUCUCCCCCAGCCGUACAGGCUGAACCCUCUCCGGCACUGGAGGAGGAUAUCUCUCCCCCUGAAGAUGGAAAACCAUCGGAGGAGGCACCAAAAGGCCGGGGCAGAGGAUUUGGGGCGAGACAGACGCCGUCUCCUGGUGAUGGUGGGCGGGGUCGAGGCCUGAGGCCUGGUGGAAAGGGCCCGUCCCCACCAGAGGAGCCCUUCGGAGGAUUCAAGCUCAAAGCUGUCCCUCUGAAGUUCAUCAAGAAGAUCCAGGACAUCGUGCUGCAGGAGGCCGAGUCUAUUGGCUCGUCUGCUGUGUUUGAGUGUGAGGUCUCGCCCUCCACCGCCAUCGCCUCUUGGAUGAAAGAUGGCAGCAACCUCCGCGAGGGCCCCAAGCACAAGUUCACCUCUGACGGCAAAGAUCGCAAGCUGCACAUUGCAGACGUGCAGCUGUCAGACAUGGGUGACUACACUUGUGUGGCCAAGAACGCCGGCAAGGAAAUACAAUGCACGGCCAAGCUGGUCGUUGAAGAACUGCCCGUGAAAUGGCUGAAAGAACUGGAACCAGAGACGACAUGUACGAAGGGUCAGCCCAUGUAUCUGACCUGUGAGCUGAACAAAGAGAGAGAUGUGGUCUGGAAGCGUAACGGCGCCUUACUAAAGAAAAAGGCGGGAAAAGUGGCCAUAAAUAUCAUUGGUAUGCAGCACGCCGUGACCAUCCAGAACUCCACGGAUGAGGAUGCUGGCGACUACACAUGUGAGGUAGAAGGACAGGAGGACGUUAAGACGACCACCAACGUUAAAGUGAUUGAAAUCAUCAAGGACUGGCUGGUGAAGCCUCUGAGGGACCAGCACGUCAAACCGAAGGCCAAGGCUGAGUUCAAAUGUGAGCUGUUCAAGGACACUCCCAACUGGAAGUGGUUCAAGGGAGAGAACGAGCUCACUCCUUCUGAUAAGGUGGAGAUCAAUAAAGAUGGAAAGGACAUGACGCUCACCAUCAAAAACUGCCAGCCAGACGACGUCUCGGACUACACCAUCGAGGUGGAGGACCGCAGAUACUCGGCCAAACUCACGCUUGGAGAGCGUGAGGCUGAGAUCCUGAAGCCUCUGGCCAGCGUGGAGGUGGUGGAGAAAGAGGAGGCCAAGUUUGACACUGAAAUAUCUGAGGAUGAUGUGGUGGGAGAGUGGAAACUGAGAGGCAACGUGCUGAUGAGAUCUCCGACCUGUGACAUCCGGAGUGAAGGAAAGAAGCGUUUCCUUACUCUGAAAAACGUGCAGCUGGAUCAGGCUGGUGAAGUGUCAUAUCAGGCUCUGAACGCCGUCACCAGCGCCAUGCUCAACGUCAAAGAGGGCGACGCCGUCUUCGUGGUGAAGCUGCAGGACUACACGGCCACAGAGAAGGAUGAGGUCUCUCUGGACUGUGAACUGAGCAAAGACGUGCCCGUGGUCUGGUACAGAGAUGAGAAGGAGAUUGUCUCCUCCAAGAUGGUGGUGAUGAAGUCUGAGGGCACACGCAGGUCUCUGGUCCUGAAGAAGGUGGAGCAGAGCGAUAAAGGCAAAUACAUUUGUGACUGUGGGACUGACAAGACAUCAGCCGACAUCAACAUCGAAGCUCGUGACAUCAAAGUGGUGCGUCCAAUUUAUGGCGUGGAGCUGUUCGAUGGAGAGACGGCUCGCUUCGAGGUAGAGAUCUCUGAGGACGACAUUCACGGCCAGUGGAAGCUGAACGGAGAAAUCCUCAGCCCGUCCUCAGACGUGGACAUCAUCGAGGAGGGAGGCAAACACACUCUGAUCCUCUACAACUGCAGAGUACCAAUGACCGGUGAGGUGUCGUACGCCGCUGCCAACGCUAAGUGUUCUGCCAACCUGAAAGUCAAAGAGCUUCCUCUGAACUUCCUCACGCCGCUCACCGACGUCCAGGUGUACGAGAAGGACGAGGCCAGGUUUGAGCUCGAGGUUUCAAGAGCGCCAAAGAGUUUCCGCUGGCUGAAGGGUUCUCAGGAGCUGCAGGCAGAUGACAAGUACGAGAUGAUCCAGGAGGGAAACAUGUACGUUCUGUUGAUCAAAUCAGCCGCCUACGAUGAUGAGGCCAAGUACAUGUUUGAGGCGGAGGACAAGAGGACGACUGGCAAACUCAUCAUACAAGGUAUCCGCCUUGAGUUUGUCAAACCAAUUAAAGACGUGACGGUGAAGGAACGUGAAACUGCAGAGUUCAGCGUGGAACUGUCCCACGAUAAGGUCUCGGUGGUCUGGUACAAGAACGACGUUCGUCUGCACCCCAGCAAGGUGGUGCACAUGUCAGACCAAGGAAAGGUCCACAUGCUGGCCUUCAAGGAGGUCACCAUCGAUGACACGUCCAUGAUCAAAGUGGAGGCCAUGGACAAGACCAUGACCGCAAUGCUCACCGUUAUCGAGGGUGACCUCUACUUCACCACCAAGCUUCAGAACUACACCGCCGUGGAGAAGGACGAGGUGAAGCUGGUCUGUGAACUCAGCAAAGCCGUCGCUGACGUCAAAUGGUUCAAAGAUGGGAAGGAGAUCACUCCAUCCAAGAACAUCGCCAUCAGUGCCGAUGGCAAGAAGCGCAUCCUGACGGUCAGGAAGGCAGAGAAGGCCAACAUCGGAGAGUACACCUGUGACUGUGGCUCUGAUAAAACCACCGCCAACCUCAACAUUGAAGAGCGGGACAUCAAGGUUGUUCGUCCGCUGUACAGCGUGGAGGUGACAGAGACCGAGACCGCCAAGUUUGAGACGGAGAUUUCAGAAGAGGACGUCCACGGAAACUGGAAACUGAAGGGAGAGGCCUUGCAUCAGUCUCCUGAUGUUGAGAUUAAGGAGGAGGGUAAAAAGCACCUGCUGAUCCUCUAUAACGUCCGUAUGGACAUGGCCGGAGCUGUCGACUUCUCAGCCGCCAACGCCAAAUCCAACGCUCAGCUGAGGGUCAAAGCCCGCUCCAUCGGGAUGCUGCGUCCUCUGAAGGACGUGACGGUGACCGCAGGAGAGACCGCAACCUUCGAGUGCGAGCUGUCGUAUGAGGGCAUCGCAGUCGAGUGGUUCCUGGGAGCACAGAAGAUGGAGGCCAGCGACCGGGUGAAGACUCGCGUUGAAGGCCGCGUUCACGCUCUGACCGUCAGAGACGUGAAGCUGUCUGAGGCCGGCGAGGUCAAACUCACCUCCAAGGACUUCCAGACGAAGGCCCAGCUCAUCGUCAGAGAGCCUCCGGUAGAGUUCACCAAGCCUCUGGAGGACCAGACGGUGGAGGAGGAGGCCACCGCCACGCUGGAGUGUGAAGUUUCCAGAGAGAACGCCGAGGUACGAUGGUUCAGAGAGGGACAGGAGAUCAGAAAGACCAAAAAAUAUGACUUAGUCGCUGACGGACGCAAGAGGGUGCUGAUUAUCCAGGACUGCACUCCAGAUGACGCAAAGAUGUACACAUGUGACGCCAAGGAGUUCAAGACUUCCUGUUUCCUGGAGGUCACACCGCCACAUGUGGAGUUCACCAAGCCUCUGCAGGACGUGGAGGUCAAAGAGAAAGAAUCCGCCAAGUUUGAAUGUGAAGUGUCCCGAGAGUCAGCUAAGGUUCGCUGGUUCAAGGACGGCAGUGAGAUCAGGAAAGGAAAGAAAUACGAGAUCAUCGCUAAGGGAGUCCAGAGGAUCCUGAUCAUCCAUAAGUCAGUGUUUGAUGAUGAAGCCGAGUACGAAUGUGACGCCAGGACCUCCAAGAGCUCCGGCAUGCUCACUGUCAUCGAGGAGGCAGCCAGGUUCACCAAGAACCUGUCCAACGUGGAGGGCAUGGAGACGGACAGCGUGAAGAUGAUCUGCGAGGUGUCCAAGGCCAGCGCUGAGGUCACAUGGUACAAAGGAGACGAGGAGCUGCCUGAGGGCGGCCGCUACGAGCAGAUCAUGGACGGACGCAAGAGGAUCCUGAUCAUCCAGGACCUGAGGAUGGAGGAUGCCGGAGAGUACAACUGCAGGCUGAGUCCCACCACCAAGACUUCGGCCAUAUUGAAACUCAACGAGCUGGCAGCUGAGUUCAUCGCCCGUCCUCAGAACCAGGAGGUGGUGGAGGGCGAGAAGGCCGAGUUCACCUGCUCUGUGUCCAAGGAGACCUACGAGGUGAAAUGGUUCAGAGGUAGAAAGGAAGUAGAAGUUGGAGACAAAUACACUAUCAUCAGUGAGGGGAAGAGAAGGGCUCUUAUUGUGAAAAACUGUGACCUGAAGGAUGAGGGAGGCUACGUAGCCCACAUCGGCACUGUUAAGGCCUCGGCUGAUCUGGUUGUGAUCGAAAAACUGAGGAUCAUAACACCAAUCAGAGACACCGAGGUGAAGGAGGGAAGUGAGAUUGUGUUCAACUGUGAGACGAACACGGAGGGAGCUAAGGCAAAGUGGCUGAAGAACGAGGAGACAAUAUUUGAAAGCAGCAAGUACAUGAUGGCUCAGAGAGACAACGUCUUCUCUCUGAGGAUCAGAGACGCCAACAAGUCUGAUGAGUCCAGCUACACCAUCAGCCUGACCAAUCAGAGAGGAGAGGCAGCCAAGUGCACAGCCAGCGCAAGAGUCACAGAGGAGAAACUCAAGUUCCUGGAUCCCAUCGAGGACAUUGAGACUCAGGAGAAGAAGACCAUCAGCUUCGUGUGCAAGGUGAACCGUCCCGAGGUGACGGUGAAGUGGAUGAAGGCCGGCCAGGAGCUGACGCUCAGCAAACGCAUCGUCUACAGAGCCGAUGGCCUCAAACACACCCUGACCAUCAAGGACUGCGUGAUGGACGACGAAGGCGAGUACACCGCCGUGGUCGGAGAUGACAAGUGCUCUGCUGAGCUCAUUAUCAGCGAGGCACCUACAGACUUCACAGCGCAGCUCAAAGACCAGACCAUCACUGAGUUUGAGGAUGCAGAGUUCACCUGCAAGCUGAGCAAAGAGAAGGCUGCGGUGAAGUGGUACAAGGACGGACGUGAGAUCAGAGAGGGACCCAGAUAUCACAUGGAAAAGGAAGGCAAGACCUGCCGACUGGUCAUCAAGGUGUGCAGACCUGAUGAUGAAUGUGAAUACGCAUGUGGCAUCGAAGAGAGGAGGACCAGAGCCAGGCUCUUUGUUGAAGAGACCCCGGUGGAGAUCGUCAGGCCUCCUCAGGACAUGUUUGAACCUCCAGGCUCGGACAUCGUGUUCGAGGUGGAGCUGAACAAGGACAGAGUGGAGGUGAAAUGGAUGAGAAACAACAUGAUCAUCGUCCAGGGAGACAAAUAUCAGAUGAUCAGCGAGGGGAAGGUCCACAGGCUUCAGGUCUGUGAGAUCAGACCUCGAGAUCAGGGAGAAUACAGGAUCGUGGCCAAAGACAAGGACGCCAGAGCCAAGCUGGAGCUGGCAGCCGUUCCAAAGAUUAAAACCACCGACCAGAAUCUGGUCACUGAUGCUGGUAAGCCCUUCAUCAUGAGCGUGCCCUAUGACGCCUAUCCUCGUGCUGAUGCCGAGUGGUUCUUCGAGGGUUCUAGUCUGCCUGUGCAGAACAUCGACACCUCCAUUGAUAGGACUGAGUUCAGACUGAAGAGCCCCAGCAAGGAGGACCAGGGCCGCUACAAGGUGGUGAUCAAGAACAAACACGGACAAGGAGAGGCCUUCAUCAACCUGGACGUGAUCGAUGUUCCUGGACCCGUCAAGAACCUGAGAGUAGUAGACACUGCUGAUGGAGAGGUCAGUUUGGCAUGGGAGGAGCCUGAGAGCGAUGGAGGAAGCAAGAUCAUCGCAUAUGUGGUUGAGAGACGUGAUGUGAAGCGUAAGACCUGGACCCUGGCUACAGAUCGUGCAGAUGCACCAGAGUACUGCGUCAGUGGCCUCCAGAAGGACAACAUGUACCUGUUCAGAGUCUGCGCAAGAAAUCGUGUCGGCAGUGGACCCCUCGUCGCCACUGAGGAUGCUGUCCAGGCCAAGAACAAGUUUGAUGUACCAGACGCUCCUGAGAACGUCGAAGUUGGUGAGGUGAACAGGUUUGGUGCCACCGUUCACUGGGAGCCUCCUAAGUUUGACGGCGGCUCUGAAAUCACAGCUUACGUGAUUGAGCUCCGUGACAGGACGUCUGUGAGGUGGGAGGCAGCCAUGGUUUGCGGCGCCAAUGACCGCUCGGCUACACUGAACGAUGUGGUGGAGAACAAGGAGUACAUCUUCAGAGUCCGCGCCGAGAACAAGGCCGGCAUCGGCAGGCCAAGCGCCGCAACCAAACCUGUCAAGAUCAUGGAUCCUAUCGAGAGACCAAGCCCACCUCUGAACCUGAACUUCUGCGACCAAAUCAAGACUGCUGUCACGCUAACCUGGGAGACGCCAACCAGCAACGGUGGCAGCAUGAUCACCGGCUACAUCAUCGAGAAGUGUGAUGACGGCUCUGACAAGUGGCUCCGCUGUAACGCCAGACUGUGUCCAGACCUCUCCUACCGGGUGUCUGGUCUAAAACCUGGUCAGAAGUACCUCUACAGAGUCUGUGCUGAAAACGCUGCUGGUGUCUCCGACCCUGCAGAGCAGCUUGGACCUCUGCUUGCCGACGAUCCUCAUGUUGGUCCCACGUUGGACCUGAGUGCCUUCAGGAACGGCCUGGAGGUGAUCGUCCCUCAACCUCUCACCAUCAGAGUCCCCAUCACCGGCUACCCGACGCCCACGGCUAAGUGGAUGUUCGGAGAGAAGGAGCUGACCACCGCUGAUGAGCGUGUCACCAUGGUGACAAAGCCCACUUACACAGAGUUGACAGUCUCUCCAAGCGUCCGUCCAGACAAAGGCACCUACGGCCUCACACUGGAGAACGACGUCUCAUCAGUCUCUGGAGAAAUCGAAGUCAACGUCAUCGCAUGCCCCAGUGCUCCCAAGGACUUUAAGGUGGCUGAAGUGACCAGACAUCACGUCCACUUGAUGUGGGAGGUUCCUGAGCAUGACGGAGGAAGUCCAGUCACUCACUACCAGAUUGAGAAGAGAGAAGUGUCCCGUAAGACCUGGGCCAAGGUGGCCACUGGUGUCCUGGACCUGGAGCACACAGUUACAGAUGUGAUUGAAGGAAAGGAGUACCUGUUUAGCGUCACAGCGUGCAACAAAUGUGGACCUGGAGAGCCAGCAUACAUCGAUGAGCCCGUCAAUGUGUCCUCUCCUGCCACUGUUCCUGAUCCUCCUGAGAACCUGAAGUGGCGUGACAAGAGUGGCAAGACCAUCUUCUUGUCUUGGGAACCUCCUAAGUACGACGGUGGAGCCCCACUCAAAGGUUACGUUGUGGACAAAUGUCAGCGUGGUACUGACAAGUGGGAACCAUGCGGUGACCCCAUCCCUGAACUGAAGUUCCAGGUGACCGGCCUGAUCGAGGGUCAGUGGUACGCCUACAGAGUCAGAGCGUUCAACAAGCUGGGAGCUGGCCGACCAUGCAGAGCGACUGACGAGAUCCAGGCUGUGGAUGCCAGAGAGCCCCCAGAGAUCCAGCUGGAUGUGAAGCUUCUGGCUGGCCUGACUUCCAGAGCUGGAACCAAGAUCGAGCUGCCAGCUGAUGUCACUGGAAAGCCUGACCCCAGGGUGAAAUGGACCAAGGCUGACCAUGUCCUGCGUGCCGAUGACCGCAUCGCCAUCGACACCCAGCCGGGGCACUCCAAGUUGUCCAUUUCCAACACCACCAGAGGAGACACCGCCACCUACAUUAUUGAGGCAGUCAACGCCUGCGGGCGUGCCACUGCGACCAUUGAUGUCAACAUUCUCGACAAACCCGGUCCACCCGCUGCCUUCGAUAUUUCUGAGAUCACCAACGAGUCCUGUUUCCUGGCGUGGAACCCUCCCAGAGAUGAUGGUGGCUCAGUCAUCACCAACUACAUUGUGGAGAGUCGGCAGACAGACAAGGAGGAAUGGGUGAAGCUGUCAGCCACUGUGAAACACACCACCUUCAAGGCCUGCAAGCUCACAGCCAUGAAGGAGUACAUCUUCAGGAUCAGCGCUGAGAACCAGUAUGGCAUCGGCGAGCCUGCAGAGCACACACCAAUCAUUGCCAAAUACUCAUUUGAUCCUCCUGGUCCUCCUACCAGAGUCACUCCUUCUGACAUCGCCAAGGACGCCGUGACUCUGACCUGGUUUGAGCCAGACGAGGACGGCGGCAGCCCCAUCACAGGAUACUGGGUUGAGAAGUUCGAUCCUGAGAGCGACAAGUGGAUGAAAUGCAACAAACUUCCAGUCAAGGACACCACCUUCAGGGUGAAGGGACUCCCCACCAAGAAGAAGUAUCGCUUCAGGGUUCUGGCUGAGAAUCUGGCUGGACCUGGAAAACCCAGUGCAGAGACAGAUCCCGUCCUCAUCAAAGAUCCUAUUGAUCCUCCAUGGGCUCCUGGCAAGCCCGUCGUCAGGGAAGUGGGUAAGACCACCGCCCUGCUGGCGUGGACCAGACCAGAGCACGAUGGUGGAGCAAAGAUUGAAGGCUACAUCAUUGAGCUCCAGAAAACAGGCAGCGAGGAAUGGAUCCGUAUCGCAGAGGACGUUCCACAGACGGAGCAUCAGCUGACAGGCCUGAAGGAGAAGCAGGAGUACUCGUUCAGGGUCAAAGCCGUCAACAAAGCCGGGGAGAGUGAACCCAGCGACCCCAGUGACCCUGUUGUCUGCAAGGAGAGGCUCUAUCCUCCGUCGGCUCCUCAGUGGCUGGAGGUGGCCAACAUCACCAAGAUCAACGCUGACCUGAAGUGGCAGGCUCCCAGCAGUGAUGGAGGCUCACCCAUCACAAACUACGUGGUGGAGAAGAGAGACGUAAGGAGGAAGGCCUGGCAGACUGUGGACACCACGGUCAAGGAACUGAAGUACACGGUGACUCCUCUAAACGAAGGAUCUCUGUAUGUGUUCCGCGUGGCGGCAGAAAAUGCCGUGGGCAUGGGUGAAUUCUGUGAGAUGGAGGACGCCGUGCUUGCCAAGGACACUUUCACAACUCCUGGACCGCCCUACGCCCUGACCGUGGUGGAGGUUACCAAGAGACACGUGGACCUGAAAUGGGAGCCUCCCCAGAGUACUGGUGGAAGACCCAUAACCAAGUACGUGAUUGAGAAGAAGGAGAAGUUGGGAACUCGCUGGCUGAAAUGCUGCAAGACUCCAGACAGACAGACGCAGUUCAAGGUGACGGACGUGGAUGAAGGAUCUGAGGUUCAGUUCCAGGUCCGAGCUGAGAACGAGGCUGGAGUUGGAGAUCCAAGUGAACCCACCAUGAUCCUCACCAUCGAGGAUGCAACCAGUGCUCCGUCUCCUCCCCUGGAGGUCGCCAUCCCUGACGCCAGCAGAGAGCACAUCAAUGUCACCUGGAAGCCUCCUACCAAAGACGGCGGCAGCCCGAUCACCGGCUACCAUGUUGAGGUGGCAGAGGCUCGUCCAGAGCUGAAGUGGCUCAGGGUCAACGCCAGACCCGUCAAGGAGCUCAAAUUCAGGAUUGAUGAUGGAAUCAAACCUGAGAAGAAGUACGUCAUCAGGGUCCGCGCCAUCAAUGCUGUUGGUGUUAGCGAUCCCUCCGAGAUCUCUGACAAAGUCUUCACCAAGGACCCCGACUGUGCUCCAACCAUCAACCUGGAGGCACAGGACGUGGUCGUGGUUGAAGGUGAGAAGCUGCACCUGAACGUCCCAUACAGGGCCAUCCCGACUCCUAAGAUGGUUUGGCAGAAGGACACAGUGGAGUGUAAGGCCGGCGACCGUCUCUCUAUGACUGUGGAGAUGAAUGAUGCUCACCUGGAGCUGCUGAAGUGCACACGUGCCGACGCCGGUGCCUAUGCCAUCAUUCUGGAGAACAGCCUGGGAACUGCCACCGGGACCAUCAACGUCAAAGUCAUUGGACUCCCUGGCCAGUGUAAAGACAUCACCUCCAGCGAUGCCACUAAGAACUCCUGCAAGAUCAGCUGGCAGGCCCCAGAGGAUGACGGAGGCACCCCGAUUGUCAGCUACACCCUGGAGCGCCGCGAAGCCUCCAAGAAGACGUACAUGCCCGUCAUGUCUGGGGAGAACGUCCUGACCUACACCGUCAAAGACCUCUACAUCAACUGUGAGUACUACUUCAGAAUCAAGGCCGUGAACAAGGUGGGAGCAGGAGAGUACCUGGAGCUUCGCAACCCAGUCAUCUGUGAGGAAAUCAAACAGAAACCAGACCCCCCCAUCCAGGUGGAGGCCCAAGAUCCCUCAUCAAAGUCCAUCACCGUCACCUGGAAGGCUCCGGACUACGAUGGUGGGUGUCCCAUCCAGGGCUACAUUGUGGAAAAGAUGGAGAAAGAUGGGGACCGCUAUGAGAGGGUCACCCCAAGCCUGGUGCCUGGUUUCUCAUAUGUGGUGACUGGCCUGAAGGAGGACAUGGAGUACCAGUUCCGAGUCCGUGCUGAGAAUGCAGCUGGAGUCAGCGAGCCAUCACGUAGUACGCAGAUGAUAAAGGCUGCAGACCCUGUUGAAAAACCAAAGGUCACCCUCCACGCCCGCGUGCAGUCUGGUCUGUGCAUUAAAAAAGGUGAGGAGAUUCGCAUUGACGCCUACGUCUCAGGCUCCCCGUAUCCUAAAAUCACCUGGAUGAGGAACAGCGAGGAUGUCACCAAAGAGCCCGCCAAGAAAAUCAUCCCUGUGGUGAGGAAAAAGAAAUCCAAGGCCAAGGUUCCUGAACCCGAGCCUGAGUAUGUGACUCCUCUGCGUGAGCGUCUUGGACUGGAUCAGACCAAGAGAGGUCAGACUGCCCUGAUGAUCCGUGAUGCCGUCAGAGCUGACCAUGGAAACUUCACCAUCCAGGUGGAGAAUCAGCAUGGAGUUGCCAGCGCCUCCUGCAUUGUUAAUGUGCUCGACAAACCUGGCGCUCCGAUCAACUUCACCUUCGACGAGGUCAGAAACACGUCAUGCAUCUGUAACUGGGAGCCUCCGGAGGACGAUGGAGGCAGCGAGAUCCUGAACUACAUCCUGGAGAAGAAGGACAACAAGAACGAGGAGAUUGGCUGGAUCACCGUCACCUCCACCCUGAAGGGCACCAGCUGCCCCAUCACCAAACUCAUCGAGGGCAAGGAGUACAUCUUCAGGGUCACUGCCGAGAACAAGUACGGCUGUGGGUUUCCAUGCAUCUCUGAGCCACUAGUCGCCAAGAAUAUGUUCGAUCCUCCUGAUGCUCCAAACACCCCCAGAGUCCGCGAGGUGACAGCAAACUCUGCCCACAUCUCCUGGCAGGAGCCAAAGGACAACGGUAGCCCGAUCCUGGGCUACUGGAUUGAGAGGAAGGAGGUGAACAGCAAACACUGGACCAGAGUCAACCGUGCCCUCCUCAACUCUCUGGAGGUCAAGGUCACCGGUCUGAUGGAGGGACUCGUCUACAUCUUCAGAGUGUGUGCCGAGAACCUGGCCGGACCUGGGCCCUUCAGUGAGCCCACCGACCGCAUCGUCGCCAUGGACGCCAUCUUGCCUCCUGGCCCCCCCACUCCAUGGAUCGUGGACACAGGAAAUGACUCAGUCAUUCUGGCCUGGAAGCCUCCGCUGUACAACGGAGGAGGAGACAUCUCUGGAUACCACGUGGAGAAGGUUCUGGCCGGAGAGAAGGACUGGACUCGCGCCACUGAGUUCAGGUGUAAGGAGCUCACCUUCACUGUGACCGGUCUCACCGAGGGAGCUGAUUACUACUUCCGUGUCCUCGCCGUUAAUGACGCUGGACCUGGAGCUCCUGGGUUGACGGAGCCUGUCCAGGUCAAGGAGCCACAAGAGUCUCCUGUCGUGGAGUUUGACGACUCAGUGAAAAACGGCGUGAUGAUAAAGGCUGGCGAGCCUCUGAGACUGCCCGCCAGGGUGAUCGGACGUCCUCAGCCUGAAGUGAAGUGGUCCAAAGACGAGGCGGACAUCGACACUGAGCGUAUGAUCGUGGAGACAGAAGGCAAGAACAGCACUCUGUUCAUCAAGACAGCCGUGAGGGCCGAUCACGGAAAGUACAAGAUCUCUGGCACCAACAGCAGCGGGACCAAGACUGCCGAGACCAGAGUGGACGUCAUGGACGUCCCUGGCCCCGUGGUCGACCUGAAGACUGUUGCUGUGACGAAGAAGAACAUCACCCUCACCUGGUCUGACCCCUUGGACAAUGGCGGCAGUGACAUCAUCGGCUAUGAGGUCCUAAGAAAGGACUCCAAGAUGAAACUCUUCCGCCAACCCAUCGAGACAGCUUCUUGCAAGUGCGACAUCCAAGGCCUGCUGGCCGGCGAGGAGUACGACUUCAGGGUCUUCGCAAGAAACAAGUACGGUGACGGCGCUCCGUCUGACCUGGGGCCCAUCGUUGCUGAGGAUCCAAAGGGUACCCCGUCCGCCCCUGAGAGGCUUCACUACACAGGCAGAAGCAAGACCACCAUCACGCUGGCAUGGCAGCCUCCUCGCACUGAUGGCGGCAGCCCCAUUGGAGGUUACUAUGUUGAGAAGAUGAGGUCUGAUGGCACCGAGUUUGAAGUGGCACACCGAAAGAUCUUCACCGAGUGCUGCGGGACUAUCGAGAACCUGUCCGAGCACCAGGAGUACCAGUUCCGCGUCAAAGCUGUAAAUGAGGUCGGAGCAGGAGAUCCCUCAAAGCCAAUCACAGCCAAGAUCCAGGAUGAAGAGAUCGCUCCUGUUAUCACCAUCCUGAAGUACUUUAAGAACAACGCCAUCAUCGUGAAGAAGGGACCCGCCAUUGACAUCCCGGCUGAGGUGAGGGGUCUUCCUCUACCCACAACGUACUGGAUGAAGGAUGACGAGGUGAUCGAGGCUCCUGAUGGAGAGAAGAUGACCAUGGAGACUGAGGAGGUGGACAGGACGACUAUCAAGACCAAAAUCGCUAUCCCAGUAACCGUCCGGCCAGACAAGGGCAACUACAAGCUGGUGGCUGAGAACUGCCAUGGCAAAGCUCAGCAGCUGAUCCGCGUGGAGAUCCUCGACCGCCCUCUUCCGCCGAGAAACAUUGUGGUCUCGGACAUUAAAGCAGAUUCAUGCUACCUCAACUGGGACGCCCCAGAGGACAAUGGAGGCAGCGAGAUCACCAACUACAUCGUAGAACGCCGCGAUGCCAGCAAGAAGAAGUCUGACUUUGAGGUUAUGACCAUUAACCUCAUCGACAGGAGAUACGGGGUCUACAAACUAAACCUCAACGGUACCUACCAGUUCAGGAUCAAGGCUGAGAACAAGUAUGGUGUUAGUGAUGGCUGUGACUCAGAGAAAGUCCAGCUGAGGGAUCCGUUCGGCCUCCCUGGACCUCCCCGUAACCCAAAAAUCAUCGCCGCCACUGCAACCACCAUGACCCUGACCUGGGAGCCUCCUCUGGACAACGGCGGCUCCACCAUCCAGGGCUACUGGCUGGAGAAGAGGGAGCGUGGCGCCGUGUACUGGGGGCGAGUCAACCGCGCUCCUAUCACCAAACCAGCUGUAAAGGGUCUGCAGUACACCAUGCUGAAGCUCAUCGAAGGAACCGAGUACCAGUUCAGAGUCUCUGCCUGCAACGCUGCAGGAAUCGGACCGCACAGCGAGGCGUCCGAGUGCCGCUUCGCCACCGAUCCAUGCAACCCUCCCAGCCCACCUGGCUUCCCAGAGGUUAAGGACAAGACCAAGAGCAGCAUCACGCUCACCUGGAGCCCGCCCGACAGAGAUGGCGGCAGCCCUGUCAAAGGGUACAUCAUCGAGGUCCAUGAGGAGGGCUCUCCUGACUGGAGGAGGGUGACUCCUGCAGACAAGCUUCACCCAUCCACAGAAAUCACCGUCCCCGACUUGAAGGAGGGCAAGAAGUGCAAGUUUAGGAUCUACGCCGUGAAUGCAGCUGGAAACUCCGAGCCCGCCAAGACGGGCGACAUCCUGGUCCAGGAUAUCCUGAUUGAGCCGAUGGUGACUCUGGAUGUGAGCGCCCCAGACCUGCUGAACUGCAGAGCCAGAACCACCAUCAAGAUUCCUGUCACCAUCACAGGAAGACCUGUUCCCAAAGUCACGUGGAACUUCGAUGGAACCGCUGAGACUGAGAAGAAGAACGAGCUCCACAACCUGCCAGUCGACUCUGAGAUCCACUCCACAGACACCACGUCUGUGAUCGUAAUCCCAGAGAGCAAACUGAGCCACAGCGGCCGAUACAUCCUCAACGCAGAGAGUCCUGCUGGACACAAAGUGGUCAAAGUCAGAGUCAACGUGCUCGACCUGCCUGGACCUCCCAGAGACUUUAAGGUCAGCGACGUGACGAGAGGAACCUGCCGACUCACCUGGAAACCUCCGGAGUGUGAUGGUGGGGACAGAGUGAAGAGCUACUUUAUCGAGAAGAAGUCGGUGGACGGUAAAGCCUGGACCAAGGUCAACCCUGCCUGUGCUGCCCAGUCCCUGGUGGUUCCAGACCUGAUCAAUGGUCAGGAGUACUUGUUCCGCAUCAAAGCUGAGAACCGCUUUGGCUUCGGCCCGUGGGCUGAGACCCCCGAAGGAACCAGAGCCAAAGACCCCAUCCAUCCUCCAGAUCCUCCAACCAGGCUGAAGAUCCAGAGCGUGAGGAAGGGCACGGUGACUCUGACGUGGAAGGCUCCAAAGAACGACGGCGGUGCACCAGUCACCCACUACAGCGUUGACCUGCUCUGCUGGGACGCCAGUGGCCAGAAGGAGGCCUGGAGGAGGUGUAACAGGAGAGACGUGGACACCACCAGGUUUAAGGUGGAGGACCUGACAGAGGGAGACGACUAUGAGUUCAGGGUGAUGGCGUACAACGCAGCUGGAGCCAGCCGACCUUCAACCACCGUGGGACCCAUCAUGAUCCAGGACCAGACCUGUGCUCCUUCCAUCGAACUGAAGGAGUUCAUGGAGGUGGAACAGGGCUCCGACAUCAGCAUUGUGGCCAAGAUCCGUGGCUGUCCAUUCCCCACGCUCACCUGGUACAAGGCUCCGCCCCACAAGUCCGAUGCCAAGGUGGAGGUUCAAUAUGACGAGCACAUCAACAAGAUUGUGUCAGACGACAGCUGCACGCUGCUCAUCCAGCAGGGAAAGCGCCCCGACACGGGUCUGUACACUCUGGUGGCCUCCAACAGCCUUGGCAAGGCCUCCAAGGAGAUGAGGCUCAACGUUCUCGGCCGGCCUGGGCCUCCCUCUGCUCCCAUCAAGUUUGAAGAGAUUGGCGCUGAGAGGAUCACGCUGUCCUGGCUGCCACCAAAGGACGACGGUGGGUCCAACGUCACAAACUACGUCAUCUGGAGGCGUGUCGCCAACAGGAAGACCUGGGUCCCUGUUACCAGUGAACCCAAAGAGCGUAUCUGGACAGUGGAGAGCCUGAUGCCAGGACACGAGUAUGUGUUCAGGAUCAUGGCCCAGAACAAGUACGGAGUUGGAGAGCCACUGGACAGCGAGCCUGAGAUAGCACGCGACCUCUUCACCGUCCCUGGUCAGGUGGAGAAGCCAACCGUCACCAGCGUCACCAUGGAUUCCAUGACAGUUAACUGGGAGGAGCCUGAGGACGACGGCGGCACUCCAAUCACCGGCUACUGGCUGGAACGCAAAGAGACCACAGGAAAACGCUGGACCCGUGUAAGCCGCGACCCAAUCAGACCCAUGGGUAUGGGAGAGUCUUUCGUGGUUAGUGGACUUAUUGAGGGUGCCCAGUACCUGUUCAGAGUCUCUGCCAUCAACGCAGCUGGACCUGGACUCGCCAGCCCCCCCACUGACCCCAUCUUUGCCAGAGACCCCAUCUCCCCACCCUCUCCUCCAACACCAAAGGUUUCUGAUUGGACAAAGUCUACAGUGGACCUGGAAUGGAUCCCUCCCUUGAAAGAUGGAGGCUCCAAGGUCAUUGGAUACUGGGUGGAGCACAAGGAGGAGGGUACCGAAGCCUGGGUUAAGGCCAAGGAGACAGAAACCCGAGGCACCCGGUUGGUGAUCACUGGUCUGAAGACUGGUGGUAAGUACAGGUUCAGGGUGAUCGCCUUCAAUGCUGCUGGAAAUGGCGAGCCAGGAGAAGUCCCAGAGGUGCUUGAGGUCAACGACAGAAUAAUUGCUCCUGAAGUCGACCUGGACGCCUCAGUGAAGGAGAGGAUGGUGGUCCACGCUGGUGGAGUGAUCCGUAUCAUUGCUUACAUCUCCGGCCAGCCAGCACCUGAGGUGACCUGGGGCAGAGAUGGAGCUGCACUUCCUCCUGAGGCCAAAGUGGAGACAACAGCCAUCAGCUCUUCUCUGGUUAUCAAACCCUGUGUCAGGAAGCACCUUGGCGUUUAUACACUGACAGCCAAGAACGCCGGAGGAGAGAAGUCCAAGAAGAUCACCGUGGAAGUCCUGGACGUCCCUGGGCCUGUUGGUAUCCCAUUGGUCGCAGAAAACCUGAGCACUGACUCCUGCAAACUCAACUGGUUCUUCCCCGAGAACGAUGGUGGUUCUCCAAUCAGUAACUUUGUCGUUGAGAAACGUGAGGGUGAGCGUAAGGCCUGGACCUCAGUUUCCUUCACUGCCAGCAGACAGAAUGCAAUUGUUCAUGACCUCACCCUUGGAAAGGCCUACUUCUUCAGGGUAGCUGCUGUGAACGCAAUCGGCAUGGGACCCUUCGUCGAGACCGCAGCUGAAAUGGUCGUCAAGGAACCAAUGAGUGUACCUGACCGCCCUGAGGACCUGGAGGUCACCAAGGUCACAAAGGACUUGAUUAGUGUCACAUGGAAGGCACCCAAGUUUGAUGGUGGUUCAGAGAUCACCAUGUACAUUCUUGAAGCCCGUAUGAUUGGCAAAGACAAGUUCACCAGACUGACAAAGGAGGCGCUCAUGGAGAGAAAGUUCACCUACGACGGCCUCAGGGAGGGGGAUUCCUACGAGUUCAGAGCCAUUGCUGUCAAUGAAGUUGGCCCAAGCAAACCCUCUUUCUGCACCAAACCAAUCACCUGCAAGGAUGAACUUGAGCCACCAACCAUCGAGCUGGACUUCCGUGAUAAGAUCAUCAUCCGCGUGGGCGAGAGCUGCCUGCUGGCAGGCCGUUACACCGGCAAACCUUCUCCAUCCAUUUCUUGGUACAGAGAUGAUGAGGAGCUGAAGGCAGACCAACACAUCAUGUUCAAGAACACCCUGACCACCAUGUCGCUUGGCCUGAUGAAGGCGAAGCGUGAACACAGUGGCAGAUAUGUAGUCGUGGUGGAGAACAGCACUGGUUCCAGAAAGGGAGUCUGCAACAUCACUGUUGUUGACCGUCCUACCCCUCCUGUCGGACCUGUGGUGUUUGAGGAGGUGCACAGGGAGUACAUGGUCAUCUCCUGGAAACCUCCUCUUGACAGCGGCGGUGUUGACGUAUCCAACUACAUCGUUGAGAAGAGAGACACCAAUAGAGACACCUGGACCACAGUGACAUCCGCCACCACCAAGACUGUAUGCAAGAUCCCCAAGCUUACAGAGGGCAGAGAGUACAUCAUGAGGAUCUCUGCUGAGAACAUGUACGGCAUCAGCGACCCUCUGGAGUCCGAGGAGAUGAGAGCCAAAGAUCUCUUCAGAGUCCCCGAGGCCCCUGAGAUGCCAACAGUCAGGGAGGUGUAUGCCACCAACGCCCUGGUUCUCUGGACCAGACCUCGAGAUGGUGGAAAGCCCAUUACCAACUAUAUUCUUGAGAAGAAGGAGACCACAGCCAAGAGGUGGUCCAGGGCCACCAGGGACCCUCUUUACCCUCACACUCAGUAUAGAGUCCAGGACUUGGUGGAGGGCUGUGAGUACGAGUUCAGGGUGAUGGCUGAAAACGAGCUGGGAACUGGAGAUCCUAGCCCCCCAUCCAAACCCAUCCUUGCCAAGGAUCCCAUUGUGCGUCCAAGCCCACCAGUAACCCCUGAGGUCUACGAUAAGACCAAGGACUCUGUCAGCCUGAAGUGGCAGAUGCCGCGCCACGAUGGAAAGGGUAGAAUCUUUGGGUAUCUUGUUGAGUACCAGAAGCCCGGUGCUGUCGAAUGGAUUCAGGCCAAUGAGACCCCAGAGCAGUGCCCCGACCUCCACUAUGUGGUGACCGGUCUAACUGAUGGACAGGAGUAUGCCUUCAGGAUCUUCACUGUCAAUGCUGCAGGAAAAUCUGACCCUGCCUAUGUCAAGCAGACCAUCAAAGUCCAUGACAGACUUGAGGAGCCAGAGUUGUUGCUGGAUGCCAACAUGGCACGUGACCACCUGGCCAUGCUGGGAACAGACAUCACCCUCAGCGCCACCAUUAGGGGCAUCCCAACACCCACUGUCAGCUGGAAGAAGAAUGAUGGUGAUGUUCCCGCCCACAUAACGGUUGCUGUCACUGCCACCGGCAGCAAAGUGUUCAUCCCCAAGUGUGUGCGUCCAGACUCUGGGAACUACACCAUCACUGUCGAGAACGCAGCCGGAAAGAAAUCAGCAACUGUUGCUGUUCUUGUGCUGAACAAGCCUACUCCUCCAAGAGACCUGGUUAUAUCAGAGGUAACCAGCGAGUCUGCUUACCUGACAUGGAAGGCUCCUGAGGACAAUGGUGGUGCUGUCAUCUCACAUUACGUUGUAGAGAAGAAGGAUGUUGCUGCAGAACAGUGGGUGCCCGUCUCUGCUGCCAAUAAGAAGCUGAGUCUGAUGGCCCUGUAUCUGAUGGAAGGUAUCCAGUACUUGUUUAGGGUGGCUGCUGAAAACCAGUUUGGCAGGAGUGAUUAUGUGAUGACCAAGACACCAAUCAAAGCGGUUGAUCCUCUCUAUCCUCCUGGCCCACCCAAGAAUCUGCAUCACACUGAUGCAGAGAAGACCGAAGUUUGGUUAGCCUGGGAGUGGCCUGACCGCACUGGUGGAAGUGAAAUCACCGGCUUCAUCGUGGAGCACCAGGAAGAGGGUCAGACUGACUGGGUAACAUUCAAGACUGUCAGCAACAACCAUGCCCAUGUUACAGGUCUCGUGGAAGGCAAGACUUACCGCUUCAGGGUUAAGGCUCAGAAUGCUAUUGGCGUGAGCCGUCCUGACACUAGCGUCCCCGUCACCUGCCAGGAAAAGACAUUGCCACCGGCUAUUGAAGUUGAUGUGAAACUCAUUGAGGGUCUUACUGUCAAAGCUGGCAGUCCUAUCACCCUUCCAGCCAAGAUGAUUGGCAUCCCCAUUCCCACUGCCAAAUGGAUGUCCGAUGGCAAGGAGAUCGUUUCUGAGGGCCGCUUUAAAAUUGAGACUGCUGGAUCCUCCACCAUUCUUAGUAUCCCUGAGUCCCAGAGAGGAGACACUGGAGAGUACAUCCUCUCUGUGGCCAACCCUGCAGGCAGCAAGACUGUUGCCCUUCAUGUUACUGUGCUGGAUCUUCCAGGUCCACCCAUUGGACCCAUUAACAUCUUGGAAGUCACCCCCGAUUAUAUGAUGAUCCAGUGGAGGGCACCCAAAGACGACGGCGGCGCGCCAGUCACCAACUAUGUGGUGGAAAAGAAGGAUGUGAAGAAGCCAUGGGAACCUUGGUCUGUCGUUAGCUCCGGUGGCACAAGCACCAAGGCCAAGGUGUCCAGGCUGGAAAAGGGCCGUGAAUACAUCGUCCGUGUCCGUGCAGAGAACAAGAUUGGCAUUGGGGCCGGGCUUGAGAGUCCUCCCACUAUUGCCAAACAUAUGUUUAAUCCUCCUGGUCCACCUGGCCCUCCAGAGUGCUCUGACAUCACAGAGAACGCUGUGACAGUAGAAUGGACCCUGCCCGACUACGAUGGCGGCAGCCCCAUUAGUGGCUAUGUGAUUGAACGCAGAGAAAUGACAGGAAAGUGGAUCCGCGUCAACAAAACACCUGUUCUGGACCUCAGAUACAGAGUCUCCGGUCUGUUUGAAGGCAACAGCUACGAGUUCAGAGUAUUUGCUGAGAACAUUGCUGGUAUCAGCGAACCUUCUCUCAACUCUCAACCCAUCAAGGCCACACGUGCAAUCACCAAGCCAGGACCACCUGGCAAUCUUAAACUGAAGGACUGGAGCAAGUCUUACGCUGACAUCUGCUGGACCAAGCCUACAAGAGAUGGAGGCAGUCCCAUUCUGGGCUAUGUUGUUGAGGCUCAGAAGUCAGGAACCGCCCAGUGGGAUAGAAUCAACAAGGAUCUCAUCAAGAUCUGUGCCUACAGAGUGCCAGGCCUCCUUGAAGGACUGGAGUAUAGAUUCCGCGUUAGAGCCACAAACAAGGUUGGUGACAGUGAACCUAGGGAGCUGGCUGAGACUGUCUUAGCUAAAGACAUCCUUGUGCCCCCUGAGGUUACUGUUGAUGUGUCAUGCCGGGACUCUCUGACCGUUAGAGCAGGUCAGAUAAUAAGUUUGAUCACGAGGGUGAAGGGCAGACCAGACCCAGAGAUCACAUGGACCAAGGACGCCAGAGCCUUGCAGAGGGACAAGCGCAUAGAGAUGAAUAAUAACUACCCUCUGUGUGAGCUGGUAAUUAAUGAGGCAGUCAGGUCAGAUUAUGGUAAAUAUGCAAUUUUGGCCAAGAACAGUAGUGGGCAAGCACAGGCCACCAUUAUUGUCAAUGUCCUGGACACACCAGGCGCUUGCCAGAACCUCAAAGUAGCUUACGUGACCAAGAACUCCUGCAUGGUGUCCUGGGAGAACCCUGAGGACAAUGGAGGCACAGAGAUUACUCAGUACAUUAUCGAAUGUCGUCAGCCAAGCCAGAGAGGCUGGUCGGUGGUGUCCAGCGACUGCACCAAGCGCCUCCUAAAGGCUCCUCUCAAUGAGGGCUGCGAGUACUUCUUCCGUGUCAGUGCAGAGAAUAAGAUUGGCACCGGUCCACCCACUGAGACCAAGUCACCUGUACUGGCUGUUGAUCCAGUUGAGAAACCUGGUGAACCAAUUGACUUCCAGAUCGCUGAGAUUGGAAAGACCUUCUGCUUCCUUAAAUGGAAGAAACCAGAAUACGACGGGGGUAGCCGUAACUUGGCUUACCAUGUUGAAAAGAAGCCAAAGGAGGCUGAGGAAUGGGAGAGGAUUCACAAGGGCGCCAUAAAGGAGACCUACUUUAUGGCUGACCGUUGCAUUGAAAACCAGAUCUACCAGUUUAGAGUUCAGACUAAGAAUGAGGGAGGCGAGAGCAACUGGGUGACCACAGGUGAAGUUCUGGUUAAGGAACAGAUUAUGGAGCCUGAAGUUAAGAUCAAACUUGAUGGAACCCUUGUGGUUAAGGCAGGAGACUCGAUUCCUAUUGAGGCAAUAGUGAAGGGAAAACCCCAGCCUGAUAUCAAGUGGACUAAAGAUGAAGGCGCUGAGGAGAUCAAGAAGAGCCCCAGACUGCAGAUUGAAAGUGGUGCUGACUUCUCCAAGCUUCUGCUUACUGGUGCCAGGCGCACCGACAGCGGCAAAUAUGUUGUCACUGCCUCAAACAGUGCAGGAACUUCCUCUGCUCAUGCUAAAGUAAAUGUACUGGACAGACCUGGCCCCGUUAGGGAUCUUAAGGUGUCUGAUGUCACCAUUGACAGGUGCAAUCUGGCCUGGGAGGUCCCAGAGGAUGAUGGUGGCUGCGAAAUCUAUAACUACAUUAUUGAAAAAUGUGAGACUAAGAGAGGAGUCUGGUCAGUCCACACCAAUGCUGUCAUUACCAAUAAAGCUAGGGUGACUCGCCUUAUAGAGGGGAAUGAGUACAUCUUUAGGGUACGGGCUGAGAAUAAGAUGGGUCCUGGACCUGCAGUGCAGAGCGAGUCUAUCGUUGCCGGCACCCAGUUCAGUGUUCCUGAUGCUCCUGAGGCACCCGAAGUCACCAAGAUUGCAAAGGAGGAAAUGACUGUACAGUGGUCAGAACCAGAGAAAGAUGGCGGAAAGCCAAUCAUCGGUUACCUUUUGGAGAAGAAGGAGGAGCAUGCAGUUAGGUGGUCUCCUGUCAACAAGGAUCCAAUCCCAUCAACUCGUUUUACAGUAACUGGACUCCUGCCCCUCCAUGACUACCAGUACAGAGUAAAGGCUGUUAAUGAAAUUGGCAUCAGCAGUCCAAGCAAGCCUUCGCGUGCCAUUACUGCCAAGGAUGCAGUUGAACCUCCUGCACCUCCCACCAACUUGAAGGUUACUGACAGCAGCAAAACCACUGUCACCCUGGGCUGGACCAAGCCUGUAUCAGAUGGUGGAGCACCUCUCAUCGGCUAUGUUGUGGAGAUGAGAGUGCAAGGAAGUGCAAAGAAAGGAGACGAUGGCUGGAAGAGGUGUAACGUGGCUGCACAGCUGGUUGUGUGCGAGUUCACCGUCACCAGUCUGGAUGAGAACCUUGUGUAUGAAUUUAGAGUGUCAGCUCAGAACCAGGUGGGCAUGAGCCUGCCAUGUGACCUCGAUGGUGCCGUGAUACCAAAGGAGAUUCUAGAGGCUCCAGAGAUCGACCUGGACGCCAACCUGAAACAGGGACUGACAGUCAGAGCAGGCUGUCCCAUUAGACUCUGUGCCACUAUCAGAGGAAGACCAGCUCCUACAGUCACUUGGAGGAGGAUGGGUAUUGACAAUGUGGUCAGGAAGGGCAAAGUUGACAUCAUCGACACCAUGACCUUCCUGGUCAUCCCCGACAGCACUCGCUAUGACUCUGGCAAAUACAGCCUGACUCUGAAGAGUCCUGCUGGAGAGAAAGCUGUGUUUGUCAAUGUUAAGGUUCUUGACACUCCAGGCCCUGUGGUGAAUCUGGAAGCCAGUGACAUCAAACAGACAUCAGCCAUGCUGGCCUGGAGUCCUCCAGAGACUGAUGGUGGCAGUGAGGUUACCCACUACAUCGUUGAAAAACGUGAAAUCGACCGUAAGACUUGGGCAACUGUCAAGGCACAAGUUGAGAAGGAUAAGGUUCCCUUCAAAGUCAGCGGUCUGGCUCCGGGCACUGAGUACUACUUCAGGGUCACAGCUGUCAAUGAGUACGGACCUGGAGUUCCCAAAGUGUCACCCACUUCCUAUCUUGCUUCUGAUCCUGUCAGCAAGCCUGAUCCCUGUGAGAAGAUUGAAGUUCUGGAGAUCACCAAAAACAGCGCCGUAGUUGGCUGGGUGAAACCUGCAAGAGAUGGUGGUGCCAAGAUUGAUGGCUAUGUGAUUGAAUACACUGAGGUCAAACCUCCUCCAGAGAUCCCAGCCCCAACGGAGGUUCCUGAAGGUGAGGAAGCUCCUCCACCACCUCCUCCACCCCCUGUGGUUGAAGAGGAAGAGGUGAAAGAACCUGAAAAGGAAGUCUGGAAUGCCUACACUACAGUCAAAGGUCUGACCAUCAGCAUAAGUGGUCUGAAGGAGGGAAAGAGGUACAAAUUCAGGGUGGCAGCAAAGAACAUCAUGGGCAUGAGCUCAUUUACGGAGACCAGACAGCCAGUUGAGAUCAAGGAACAGAUGUUGGAGCCAAAGAUUGUCAUGCAAGAAACAGCAAGUGCCAGAGCGGGAGCCAAGCUGAGAGUAGAGGCACUGGUUUCUGGGAAACCUGCCCCGACCUGCAAGUGGAUGCGCGGUGAAAGUGCAGUGGUCCCAUCCAGCCGUCUGGCUGUGCACCAGUCCGGCAACCUGUGUGUCCUGAUCAUCAAAGAUGUGUCAAGAACUGACAGCGGAGAGUACAGCCUUGUGGCUGAGAACAGCUCAGCAAAGGUGACCCAGGCCCUGAAGAUUAUCAUCAGAGAUAUUCCCGGUCCUCCUGAGGGUCCUGUUGAAAUCAGUGACAUCGAUUCUGACGCCUGCUCCCUCUCAUGGAACAAACCACUGGAGGAUGGUGGCAGCAACAUCACCAACUAUGUCGUGGAAAAAUGUGACGUGUCUAGAGGCGACUGGGUUACAGCUGCCUCUUCUGGUGUAAAGACCAGCUGCAGGCUUGGAAAACUCAUUCCUGGAAAAGAGUAUGUGUUCCGUAUCCGUGCUGAGAACCGUUACGGCGUGUCAGACCCCAUUCAGUCUGACAGGAUGGUGGCCAAGUUCCCCUUCGAUGUUCCUAGUGAGCCUCUCAACUGCCGCAUCAACAAGACCAACAAAGACUGUAUGUUUGUGGCCUGGGAUAAGCCAGAGACCGAUGGUGGCAGUCCCAUCACAGGUUACUACAUAGAACGUAAGGAGAGGAACAGCCUGCUGUGGGUGAAAGCAAACGACACCGUUGUCCGCACCACCGAGUACCCGUGCGCUGGCCUCAUUGAGGGUCUUGAAUACACAUUCAGAGUGUCUGCCAUCAACCGCGCUGGCCAGGGCAAACCAAGCAAGAAGACCGACUUUGUUGCUGCCAGAACACCCAUUGACACCCCAGGUAAACCUGAGGUCCUAGACGUGACCAAGAACUCUGUCACCCUGGUCUGGACUCGUCCCAAGAAUGAUGGUGGCAGUAAGAUCAUUGGCUACUAUGUUGAGGCCAUGCGGGUACCAGGAGACACCUGGAUACGCUGCAACACCAGCAGUCAGAACGUCCCAAGGGAAGAGUAUACCGUGACUGGCCUGGAGAGGGACCUUCAGUACCAGUUCAGAGUUAUUGCCAAAACUGCUGUCAACAUCAGCAAACCCUCUGAGCCCACAGAUCCCAUCCUGGUCUGUGCUGAGAAUGUUCCUCCGAGGGUGGAAAUCAACGCAAGGAUGCAGAAAGGUUUCAAGGUCAAGGCUGGAACCACAAUUCUUCUGGAGGCUGAGGUGUUUGGAAAGCCUAUGCCCAGAGUGACCUGGAAGAGAGGCGAUGAUACUCUCAAGUCAGGUGAAGGCCAGGUCAUCACCCAUCAGAGGCAUCACUUCCAGCUUGAGAUGACGGACGUUACCAAAGAGCACACAGGAACCUACACCAUCCAGGCUGAUAAUGCCAGUGGCUCCAAGACUGCAGAAAUCCAGGUCAUCGUCCUGGAUGUGCCUGGCCCCCCUGCAAAAGCCAAGUUUGUUGAGGUGUUUGCCACCAGUAUGAAGUUGUCCUGGGAGCCACCUCUGAAGGAUGGAGGUGCUGCCAUCAGUAAUUACAUCGUAGACAAGCGUGAGACCAGCAGAGCCAACUGGGCCCAGGUUACUGCAAAACUUAAGGGUGAAGUCCUUGAGCUCAAUGUGGAGAAGCUGAUUGAGGGUCAUGAGUACCAGUUCCGAAUCCGUGCUGAGAACAUGUGGGGAGUUGGAGACGCCCUCAUCACUGACCCUGCUAUUGCAAAGAACCCAUACACUGUCCCUGGCCCUUGUGAGGCCCCAGUGAUCACCAAUGUGACUAAGGACCGUAUGACUGUGAGCUGGAAAGAGCCUGCUGAUGAUGGAAAGUCCACCAUCUUGGGAUACAUGCUGGAAAAGAAAGGGAGGAAGGAGAUGAACUGGACCAAGAUGAACAGGAAGCCCAUGACAGAGAGGAGCCUGGAUGUCACCGGUCUCACAGAGGGAGUAGAGUAUGAGUUCAGAAUCGCUGCCGUCAAUUUGGCAGGGACUGGCAAAUUCAGCGAGCCCUCUGCUUCAACAGUUGCACAAAAUCCCAUCACUCCUCCUGGCCCAGUUGUGAACCCCAGUGUGGCAGACACAACCAACAGCACCAUUAGCCUCACCUGGACUGCCCCAGCCAAUAAUGGAGGAAGUCCAAUUAUAGGUUACCUAGUGGAGUGCAAGAGGACGGACACCACAGACUGGAUCCGGUGCAAUGUCCCAAGGAACCUGCAAGAAACCAACUAUGUCAUCCAGAAUCUUAUUCACAAGUCUGAGUACCAGUGCCGCGUCACUGCUGUCAACAAGGUGGGCUUCGGUGAGCCAGUGGAGGUACCUGGCAAGCAUGUUGCCAAGGACAUCACUGUUCCACCUGAGGCAGAGCUGAGCGCACAAAUGAAGGAAGGCUUGGAGCUGACUGCUGGUGCCACCAUGAGGCUACAUGCCAUCAUCAAGGGCCGUCCCGUUCCCAAGAUCACCUGGGCCAAAAUGAACACAAACAUCAAGGACCGUCAGGGCAUUGUCAUAAAAUCAACUAACUAUGAUACGAUGGUGGUGGUGGAGAAUGUAAACAGAUAUGAUGCUGGCAAAUACAUUCUGAAUCUAGAGAGCACGGCUGGCAUGAAGAUGUACACCAUUGUUGUAAAGAUCUUUGAUACUCCUGGACCUCCAACCAAUCUAGUGGUAAAGGAGACAUCUAAGGACAGUGCAUCCAUCUAUUGGGACGCUCCUCUGAUUGAUGGUGGCCACGAGGUCACCCACUACAUAGUGGAGAAGCGUGACACAGAGAGGAAGGCCUGGUCCAGCGUCUCUAGAGACUGCAACAAGACAGCAUUCAAAGUGCCAGACCUGGAUGCAGGACGGUCUUACUGCUUCAGAGUAUCAGCAGUGAACAAGCUUGGAGCCGGAGAGUGCUGUGAAACCGUUGAUGCAGUCAAGGCAUCCGAGGAGCCUGGUCCUGUUAUGGACUUUAAGACCCUGCUGGUCACCAAGGACUCUUGCACGCUAAGCUGGAAGAAACCUCUUACAGAUGGUGGCAGCCGUAUAACCUGCUACGUCCUGGAGGUUCUCAAUGGUGAAGACAAAUACAAGGAACUAAUGAGGUCCAAAAACAUGCAGUACAGUGCCAAAGACUUGGUGGAGGGCAGGGAGUAUAACUACAGAGUAAAGGCUGUGAAUGACUCAGGAGAGAGCUCUCCCAGAGAACUGGCCGUAGUCGCCAAGGACCAGAUCAUUCAUCCCAGCUGUGACCUGAGGGAGCUGCCCAACAUGUGCUACAUUGCCAAAGAGGGCAGCACCGUCCGUCUGAAGAUCCCAAUCAUCGGCAAGCCUACCCCCAAGGUCACGUGGAAGAAGGGAGAUGAUGAAGACCUUACAGACACUGGCAGAGUGUGUGUAGAGUCCUCUGCAGUUAACACAACCCUCCUGAUUAGAGACUGCCAGAGAAGUGAUGCUUCAAAGUACAUUAUCACCCUGAGAAACAGUGCUGGGAGCAAGGAGUCCACCAUUUUCAUCAGGGUGGUGGGAAAACCUGGCAUCCCUAUUGGACCAGUGAAGUUCAAAGACGUUACUGCUGAUGGCGCUACACUGAAAUGGGGUGCUCCUAAGGAUGAUGGUGGCUCCGAGAUAACAAACUACAUCCUGGAAAAGAGGGACUCUAUCACCAACAUGUGGGUUAAUGUGUCCUCCUCUGUGGAGACCAACACUAUGAGGGUGACCGGUCUCCAUGAGGGCACAGAGUACUUCUUCAGAGUCUGUGCUGAGAACAAGUAUGGAGUUGGAGAAGGGCUCAAGUCUGACCCAGUUGUUGCUAAACAUCCAUUCAAUGUUCCCGACGCUCCUCUUCCACCUCAGAUCAUGAGCAUGCGCCAUGACUCCGCUUACUUGGCCUGGUCUGAUCCCAGGAAGACUGGUGGAUCUCCUAUAACUGGCUACCAUGUUGAGUUCAAGGAAAGGAACAGUAUGUUGUGGAAAAGGGCAAGUCCUGCACCCUUGAGGAUGAAGGAACACAAGGUAACAGGGCUGACGGAAGGACUGGAGUACGAGUUCAGAGUCAUGGCUAUCAACCUGGCUGGUAUUGGCAGACCAAGUGCUCCCACUGAUCCACUGGUGGCCCUGGAUCCAGUUGAUGCCCCUGGUAAACCUGAUGUGAUCAGCAUCACCAGAAGCACUGUGACCCUGCAGUGGACAGAGCCACAGUUUGAUGGUGGGCACAGACUGACUGGCUAUAUCGUGGAGAGGCGUGACCUUCCAUCCAAGAUCUGGGUGAAGGCCAACAAUGUGAAUGUUGUGGAGCCUGCAUUCACUGUGACAGAUCUCCAGGAAGGUUGCAAAUAUGAGUUCAGAAUCAGAGCAAAGAAUGCUGCUGGUGCUCUCAGUCCCCCCUCUGAACAGACAGAUACCAUUAUCUGCAGAGACGAAUACGCUGCGCCAACCAUCAUAAUCGAUGCACAGGUGAAAGAGGGCCUGACUGUCCGAGCCGGGGAUACUAUUGUUAUAACUGCUACAAGUAUUUUAGGAAAGCCUGCACCAACCUCAUGCUGGUCAAAGGGAGGAAAGUACUUUAAACCAUCUGAUAUUGUGCAUAUUGAGACCACCGAGACUUCAUCCACUUUGUCCAUCAAGUAUGCUGGCAGGAAGGAUUCUGGAGAUUAUGUAAUCACUGCUAGCAACCCCUUCGGUGUGAAGGAAGAAACGGUCAAUGUUACAGUCCUGGAUGUUCCUGGAAUGCCUGGACCCAUUGAAAGUAGUGGUGUCUCCUCUGAAAAAGUCACACUUACCUGGACAGCUCCUACUGAGGAUGGAGGUUCUCCUAUCAAGUAUUACACUCUUGAGAAGAGAGAGACCAGCCGCCUGCUUUGGACUAUCCUGGAGGAGAGGGUCAUUGACUGUCACUACGUCGCAAACAAGCUCAUCCAGGGCAACGAGUACUUCUUCAGAGUCUCUGCCGUUAACCAGUAUGGUGCCAGCGAGCCAUCUCAUUCUGAAGCAGUCAAGAUGGUCGACAGAUUUGGUCCUCCUGGUCCACCAUCUAAACCAGAGGUAGAGAAGGUUGAUGGACAUUCAGCCACAGUGACGUGGAGAAGGCCCACUGAGGACGGGGGAAGUGACAUCAUAGGUUACUGUGUUGAGAAAAAGGAGAAAAAGGGUAUGAGAUGGUUAAGGGCAUCAAAGAAAUCUGUCACUGAGCUCACCUAUGAAGUCACUGGUCUCACCGAGGGCGUGGAAUAUGAGUUCCGUGUUCUUGCAGAGAACAGAGCCGGCUUUGGAGAGCCAAGUGAACCGUCAAUGUCGGUCAGAACAAUAGUUGUCGCCUAUGUACCUGGGCCUCCAGUUAAUCCAAGAGUCACUGACACAACCAAGACCACUGCCACCUUGAACUGGGGCAAACCUCUGGACAAUGGUGGACUUGAAGUCACCGGUUAUGUGCUUGAGCACAAGAAAGAGGGAACAGAAGAAUGGGUGAAGGACACUCCUUCAUCCCCACUAAGAAUCACAGAGUUUGUCGUUCCCAAUCUAGAAAGCGGUGCAAAAUAUCACUUCAGAAUAAGUGCUGUGAAUGCUAAGGGGGCCGGUGAACCUGCUGAAACCAAGGAGCUGGUUGAGAUUGUGGAGCAUGCAGCUGAACCAGAUUUUGAGCUGGAUGUGGAGCUUAGGAGAACCCUUGUUGUCAGGGCUGGCUGCUCCAUUCGCCUUUUUGUUCCCAUCAAGGGGCGUCCUGCACCAACAGUAACCUGGACCAAAGAAGGUGGCCCUGUUCCCCGCGCAGUCAUUGACAGCACAGAGUCUUUCACCAUGCUUCUCAUCCCCGAGAGUUCAAGGAAUGAUGCAGGAAAAUAUGAGCUUACCGUUGAAAAUGCUGCUGGCAAGAAGUCGGCUGAUAUCCAUGUGAGAGUUCUAGACUCACCUGGACCUCCACUUAACCUAAAACCAGUCAAGAUUGACAAGGAAAGCAUUACACUUCAGUGGGAGAUGCCUCUCAUUGAUGGUGGAGCAAAGAUCACAAACUACAUAAUCGAGAAGAGAGAAUCAACACGUAAGGCUUUUGCCACUGCUGUCACAAAUUGCCCCACUACCUCCGUCAGAAUCGGAGGGCUUGGUGAAGGCUGCGAAUACUACUUCAGAGUGUCUGCUGAGAAUGAGUAUGGCAUUGGUGAGGCAGUUGAAACUGCUGAUCCUGUUCGUGCAUCCCAGGCACCAACUCCUCCAGAGAGUAUAAUUCCUACUGAUGUAACAAAGAAUUCUGUGAGCUUGGCUUGGACCAAACCCAAGCAUGACGGUGGAAGCAGGGUGACAGGAUAUGUUCUUGAAGCCCAGAAGAAGGGAACUGAUCAGUGGGCACAUGUAACAACAGUUAAGAACAUGGAUUUCACAGUGAAGAAUCUGAAUGAGAAUGAGGAGUACAUUUUCCGUGUAAUGGCUGUGAACCAUUCGGGAAGAAGUGCUCCACGUAACAGCAAACCAGUUAUUGUCAGGGACUCUACUUCCAUGCCCGAGUUUGAUCUUCGUGGUGUAUGCCAGAAAACGGUUAUCGCCAAGGCUGGCGAUGACAUCAAGGUUGAAAUUCCAGUUAUGGGACGUCCUAGACCUACUGUCUCCUGGCAGAAGGAUGGUGCAGCCCUAAAGCUCACUCAGAGGACCAAUGUAGAAGCUACUGCUGCCACCGUUAUCCUCAGCAUCGGUGAAUGCACCAGGGCAGACAGUGGUGUAUACACCAUGACAGGAAAGAACAUCGUGGGUUCGGUGACUGAUAACAUCACUGUCAAAGUGCAUGAUGUACCUGGGCCACCCAAAGGACCAAUCAAGAUCGUGGAGAUUUCUCGUACAUAUUGUGUCUUUGCAUGGGAGACUCCUGAGAACGAUGGAGGUGUUCCAAUCACCAACUAUGCGGUUGAGAUCAGAGACACCACUUCUCAAACAUGGACGGAGCUGUCUUCAACUGUCAUUCGUACCAUGUUCAAGGCUAUCCGCUUGAAUACAGGAUCAGAAUACCAGUUCAGAGUAAAGGCUAAGAACAGAUAUGGUGCUGGACCACCCAUAGCCUCAGAGGCAGUGGUGGCCGCCUAUCCAUUUAAAGUCCCUGGACCUCCUGGUACUCCUGGUGUUGUUGCAUUUACCAAGGAUUCAAUCACAAUUGGCUGGAAUGAGCCUGUUGUUGAUGGUGGAAAUGAAGUCAUUGGUUAUCAUGUUGAGAGGAAAGAAAGAAGCAGCAUCAUGUGGCAUAAGAUCAGCAAGGGUCUUGUGAAAGGAAACCUCUUUAAAUCCACCGGUCUUGAAGAUGGAGUUGCCUAUGAGUUCCGUGUCAUGGCUGAAAAUAUGGCUGGAAUUGGCAAGCCCAGCAAGUCCUCAGAAGCAAUUCUGGCCUUGGACCCUGUGGAUCCUCCUGGUCAGCCAGAGCCGAUCUUUGUCAACAAGAAUGUCAUAACUAUCCAGUGGACAAAGCCUGAGUAUGAUGGUGGCUUCAAAAUCACUGGCUACACAGUGGAGAAGAGAGAACUGCCCGCUGGGCGCUGGAUCAGGGCAAACUUCACCAACAUCAUUGAGACAACAUUCACUGUAAGUGGACUGACUCAAGAUGCUGCCUAUGAGUUCCGUGUCAUGGCCAGGAACUCGGCAGGUGCCGUGAGUGUCCCCUCAGAUCCCUCAGACCCCAUUACCUGCAAAGAUGACAUCAUUGAGCCACGCAUAAUGGUUGAUGCCAUCUACAAGGAUGUUGUCGUACUGAAGGCAGGAGAAUCAUUUAAACUCGAUGCUGACAUUGCUGGACAACCAACCCCAUCUAUGGUUUGGACCAAGAAUGGAAAGGAGAUUGAGAACACCCUGAAACUGGAGGUUAGGUUCACAGAGCUGACAACCACCCUAACCAACAAGGACUCUAUCAGACCAGAUGGAGGAGAAUUUGUUCUUACUGCCACUAACGUGGGUGGAUUUGCUAAGCACAUCUUCAAUGUUAAAGUGCUUGACAGACCUGGACCACCAGAGGGCCCUCUUCGAGUAUCUGAUGUUACAGCUGACAACUGUGUGCUCACCUGGGCUCCACCUGCAGAUGAUGGAGGUGCCAAGAUUGAAGGAUAUGUGAUUGAAAAGCGCGAAUCAAGCAGACUGGUUUGGACAAAUGUGGCUUCAGACCUUCAGGUUACACAGCUCAAAGUCACCAAGCUGCUUAAAGGAAAUGAAUACAUUUUCCGAGUUAUGGCAGUAAACAAAUACGGAACUGGUGAGUCCCUUGAAUCAGAACCAACUAUUGCAGACAACCCAUACAAGAUCCCAGAUCCACCUGAGAAUCCUGAGGUGACAGCUAUCACUAAAGACUCAAUGGUUCUCAUGUGGCAGGCACCAAAGAGUGACGGCGGGACCCCCAUCACCACCUACAAUAUUGAAAGAAAAGACAAAAUAGGCCUCCGCUGGGUCAAAUGCAACAAAAGGAAAGUCAAAGACCUACAGUUCAAGGCGACAGGUCUUGUUGUUGGACAUGAAUAUAAAUUCAGAAUAACUGCAGAGAAUGCUGCUGGAGUGAGUGCACCUAGUGGCUCAAGUCCAUUCUACAAGGCCACUGAUGCAUUGUACAAGCCUGGGGCUCCAUGCAACCCUCGAAUCUUGGACACAACCAAAUCUUCAAUAACAGUUGCCUGGAACAAACCUGUAUAUGAUGGUGGUUCUGACAUCACGGGCUACAUUGUGGAAACCUGUAUUCCAUCUGAAAAGGAGGAAGAGGAAGAAUGGACCAUUGUAACACCCAAAGAAGGACUCCUUGCCACAUCUUUUACUGUUAUUAAUCUGAAGGAGAAUCAGGAGUACAAGGUCAACAUCUCUGCUGUCAACAGUGAAGGGGUUGGAGAGGCAGCCUCUGUACCUGGUAACCCUAAAGCAGAGGACAGACUCCUCCCUCCUGAGAUUGAUUUGGAUGCAGAACUUCGCAAGGUUGUCAGUCUCAGAGCAUGCUGCUCACUAAGACUGUUUGUGCCCAUCAGAGGCCGACCAGCUCCUCAGGCUAAAUGGACCAAAGGUGAAGGGGAGGCUGUUGAGAGGGCAACCAUUGACAGCACAACUUCUUACACAUCACUUGUAAUUGAAAAUGUAAACAGAUUUGACAGUGGAAAGUAUAAUCUUACAGUUGAAAACAGUUCUGGCUCCAAGACCGUCACAGUCCAGGUCAGGGUGCUUGAUACACCAAGUGCGCCACAAAAUCUGAAGAUAACUGCUGUAACUAAUGAAGCUGUGACUUUGACUUGGGAACCACCAGUGAAUGAUGGAGGAGUGAAGAUUAAAAACUAUAUCGUUGAAAAACGCGAGUCUACAAGGAAAGCUUAUGCCACAGUCAGUGCCAACUGCCAUCAUACCACCUUCACCGUUGCCCAGCUCCUAGAAGGAUGCAACUACUACUUCAGAGUCCUUGCUGAGAAUGAAUAUGGUAUUGGCUUGCCCAUUGAAACUGGUGAAUCAGUGAAAGUGUCAGAGAAACCCCAGCCACCUGGCAAAAUCACUCUUAAGGAUGUCACAAAGAACAGCGUCACCCUCAGCUGGGAGAAGCCAGAGCAUGACGGUGGUAGCAGAGUGGGCUGUUACGUUGUUGAGAUCCAGCCAAAGGGGGUUGAUAAGUGGUCCCAGGCUGUGAUUGUAAAGGAGACGGAAGCUACUAUCAGCGGACUCAAUGCAGGGGAAGAAUACAUGUUCCGCGUAGCGGCAAGAAAUGAAAAGGGAACAAGUGACCCGCGUCAAAUCGGUGUGCCAGUUAUUGUGAAAGAUCUAGUGAUCGCACCUGUUGCAAAAAUGUUGUUCAAUACAUUCAGCGUGUUGGCAGGAGAAGAUCUGACCGUGGAUAUCCCAUAUGUGGCACGCCCCAAAGCAGCUGUCUCCUGGGUGAAAGAUGGCCAGCCUCUGAAGAGAACCACCAGGGUGAACUUUGGUGAAACGGACACAAUGCUGAAUCUGACCAUUAAGGAGGCCACUAAAGACGACGUUGGAAAGUACCACAUUACUCUCAGCAACACAGCCGGAGAGACAGCUGCAGAUGUUGGCAUUGUUGUUCUUGACAAACCUGGUCAGCCAGGGGGUCCAGUGAAAGUCGAGGAGGUCACUUCUGACAGUGUCACCAUCUCCUGGAGCCCACCAGAGUAUGAUGGUGGUUGUACCAUUAAACACUACAUAGUGGAAAAGAGAGACACUUCCACAACCAAUUGGAUGGUUGUAUCUCACAACCUUGCCAGGACCAAAAUCAAGGCAGGCAGACUGAAGACUGGCUCCGAGUAUCAAUUUAGAAUCACAGCAGAAAACAGAUACGGAAAAGGUCCAGUUCUUCUUUCAGAGUGUAUUUUAGCUCAAUACCCCUACAAGCUGCCAGGACCUCCAGGAACACCAUCCAUUGCAGCUUGUACCAAGGAUAGCAUGGUUAUUGCUUGGAAUGAACCAGUGAAUGACGGUGGAAGUGCAGUCCUGGGCUAUCAUCUUGAACGCAAGGAGAGAAACAGUAUCCUGUGGGUUAAACUUAAUAAAUCUCUCAUUACCGACCAAACCUUUAAGACAUCUGGUCUUGAGCCAGGAAUGGAGUACGAAUACAGAGUUUAUGCUGAAAACAUUGUUGGAAUUGGCAAGGCGAGCAAAGUGUCUGAGGGACAUGUUGCUAGAGAUCCUUGUGACCCUCCUGGUACCCCAGAGGCAACUAAGAUCACUAAAGAUUCUGUGACUAUUGUUUGGACCAAGCCUGAGUAUGAUGGCGGUGCAAAGGUAACAGGUUACGUUGUGGAAAAGAAAGAACUUCCUGAAGGUCGCUGGCUAAAGGCUAACUUUACCAACAUCAUUGAGACAGAGUACGUUGCAACAGGACUUGUACAGGACAAUCAAUAUGAAUUCCGUGUCAUUGCCAGAAAUGCUGCUGGUGUUUUCAGCCUCCCAUCUUACAGCACUGGACCUAUCACUGCUAAGGAUGAGAUUGAACCACCGCGUGUCAGCAUUGACCCAGAGUACACACAGACCAUUGUGGUAAACGCUGGAGACAACUUCAAGAUUGAUGCAGAUGUUCAUGGCAAGCCUUUACCAUCUAUCCACUGGAUGAAGGGAGAGCAGGAACUUGGCAACACUAUUCACAGGGAAAUUAAGAACACACCCACCAAAGCAUUUAUAUUUGUCAAAGAAGCUAAACUGGCCGAUGGAGGCCAAUACACCCUGCUGCUGAAAAAUCCAGGAGGAGAAAAGGCAGUACAAAUCAACGUGGUUGUUCUGGAUAAACCCGGAGAACCUCAUGGACCUCUUGUUAUCACAGGAAUAGCUUCAGACCGUUGCUGUCUGGCAUGGAAACCACCACUACAAGAUGGUGGCAGCAAAAUCUCUCACUACAUUGUGGAGAGGAGAGAGACAAGCCGACUAAUCUGGACUGUUAUUGAUCCAAAAGUGAAAAAUAUUUGUUUGAAGGUCACAAAGCUCUUAGAAGGAAAUGAGUACAUCUUCAGAGUGCGUGCCGUCAACGACUUUGGAGUGGGCGCACCUCUUGAGUCCGCUGCUGUCACAAUCAAAGAUCCAUAUCUACCUCCUGGCACACCCAAGGGCUUGGAAGUUUCAGAAAUUAAAAAGGAUUCAAUGAUGCUUACCUGGGAGGCUCCCUCUGAAGAUGGAGGCAGCCCUAUCACUGGAUACAUCAUCGAGAAACAUGACAAGGAAGGUGUAAGAUGGACAAGAUGCAACAGGAAAACAGUCACUGACUUGUCUUUCAGGGUCACUGGACUCCUGGAAAACCAUAACUAUGAAUUCAGAGUGGCCGCUGAAAAUGCUGUUGGUGUUGGUGAACCAAGCUCCCCCACUGUACUCUUUAAAGCCCUUGAUCCCAUCUUCAGGCCUGGCCCACCACACAAUCCAAGGGUUACUGAUACAACAAAAACCUCAGUAUUCCUAUCCUGGAGCAAGCCCAGCUGUGACGGAGGAUGUGAGAUUCAAGGCUAUAUUGUUGAGUACUGCACUACCACUGAGACAGCAGCUCCUGCAGAGGUCCCUGCUGAAGGCACACCUGCAGAGGAAUGGAAGAUUUGCACACCACCAGCUGGCAUCAAGAAGACAAAGUUUGAGGUUGCAAACCUGAAGGAAAACCAGGCAUACAAGUUUAGAAUAUGUGCUGUUAACAAAGUUGGAGUUGGUGAGCAUGCUGAUGUCUCUGGGGCUGUUGUUGUAAAAGACAGGGCAGAAGAACCCGACCUUGACAUUGAUGCAGAGCUGAGGAAGAUUGUCACCAUUAAAGCUGGUGCUUCUCUUAGACUGUUCAUCCCUAUCAAAGGAAGACCCACUCCUACCAUCAAAUGGGACAAAGAUGAAGCUGCACUCAAAGAGACUGCUCAGGUGGAAGUAACCAGCAGUUACACAUCCCUUGUAGUUGACAAGGUGAGCAGAAAUGACAGCGGGAAAUACACGAUCACUGCAGAAAACUCCAGUGGAACCAAAUCUGCAUUUGUUGUUGUCCGUGUUCUUGACACGCCUAGUGCCCCUGUCAACCUGAAAGUGAAAGAAAUCACAAACCAAUCGGUGACUCUGUCAUGGGAACCCCCUCUGUUGGAUGGUGGGUCCAAGAUCAAGAACUACGUUGUUGAGAAGCGAGAGAGCACACGCAAGACAUAUGCUGCAGUUGUUACAAACUGCCAUGCUCUUGAAUGGAAGAUUGAGCCACUGCAGGAGGGUUGUAGUUACUAUUUCCGGGUUCUUGCCGAAAAUGCUCAUGGUGUUGGCUUGCCUGUGGGAACUGUUGACCCUCUUAAGGUCUCAGAGGUGCCCCAGUCCCCAAAGAGUUUGAGUGUAACAGAUCAAACCAGAACAAGUAUCUCUUUGGCUUGGGAGAAGCCUGAGUAUGAUGGUGGUAGCAGAGUGAUGCAGUACCUACUAGAGGUGCAGCUCAAGGGCAGUGAUAAGUGGUCUGGUGUUAACACAUUUAAGACAAUGGAGGCCACUGUUUCCAAUCUGAACCCAGGAGACGAGUAUCUCUUUAGAGUUACUGCAAUUAACGACAAGGGCAAGAGUGACCCCAAAGUGCUUGCUGGUCCAGUAAUGACCAAGGACUUAGUCUUCGAGCCGGAUGUUCGGCCACAGUUCAGCAGCUACAGUGUCCAUGUGGGAAAAGACAUCAACAUUGACAUUCCUGUCUUUGGACGUCCUAAACCAACAGUGACAUGGAUGAAAGAUGGGGCUCCUCUGAAGUUCACUACCAGAGUCAACAUUCUCAGCACACCAACACAUACAACACUGAGCAUUAAAGAGGCUGCAGGGGACGAUGGUGGAAUGUACAGCAUCAAUGCUACAAACUCAGCUGGAAAGAAGGACACCACUCUAGAGAUCGUUGUACUUGAUAAGCCUGGCCCUCCCUCAGGGCCUGUGAGGUUCGAUGAAAUCACAACACAGAGUGUCACUAUUUCAUGGGAUCCACCAAAGCAUAACGGUGGCUGCCAGAUUUCAAAUUACAUCAUACAAAAGAGAGACACUACUACAACAACAUGGGAAAAUGUCAGUAUCAACCAUGCCAGAACCACCAUUAAAGUGCCCAGACUUAAGACUGGAUCUGAGUACCAAUUCAGGAUAAUUGCUCAGAAUCGUUAUGGAAAGAGUCAUGGUUUAGAUUCAUCUGCUGUAGUUGCUCAGUAUCCUUACAGAGAGCCAGGCCCACCAGGUACUCCUUUCAUCUCCUCCCUCUCUAGAGACCACCAGGUGGUUGAGUGGCAUGAGCCUGUAUCAGACGGAGGCAGCCCUGUUCUCGGCUACCAUCUGGAAAGGAAAGAGAGGAAUAGCAUUCUCUGGGUCAAGAUCAACAAGACACUUAUCCACGGGAACAGUUUCAAGAGUCAUCCCUUGGAGGAGGGUAUUGAGUAUGAAUACAGAGUCUAUGCUGAAAACAUUGUUGGUAUUGGCAGGUGCAGUAAGGUGUCUGAGGGCUGCUUUGCCCGUGACCCAUGCGAUCCUCCUGGUAUUCCAGAAGCUAUCCAUGUGACCAAAGAUACCAUUGUCAUUCAGUGGACUAAACCAGAAUAUGACGGUGGCAGUAAUAUAACUGGCUACACUGUAGAGAAGCGUGAUCUGCCAGAGGGCAGGUGGGUAAGGGCCAACUUCACAAACGUCAUUGAAACGCAGUUCACUGUCACUGGUCUGACUGAAAAUGCCCAAUAUGACUUCCGAGUCAUAGCUAAGAAUGCUGUUGGAACUGUCAGCAAGCCAUCCUACAACAGUGGACCAAUAACUGCAAGUGACAAGGUGGAAGCACCCAAAUACUCUAUUGACCCCGCUUUUACAAAGACCAUUGUUAUCAAUGCCGGAGAGACAUUUAAACUGGACGCUGAUGUCAGAGGCAAGCCACUGCCAACAAUCCAGUGGUUCAAGGAUGAAAAACAAGUGGAGAACACGCUUAGACUAGAAAUCAAAAACACAGAAAACCACGCUAUGAUUGUCAUUAAGGACUGUGUGAGAAUUGAUGGGGGAACAUACACUCUCCAGCUGACAAAUGUGGCUGGUAGUGAAACUAUUCCAUUCAAAGUUGUUGUUCUGGACAGGCCUAGCCCAUGUGAAGGACCUCUCCGCAUCGCAGGAGUGGCUGAAGAUAGAUGCUCACUGGUAUGGCAAAAACCUCUUCAUGAUGGAGGCAGUCCUAUUACCCACUAUAUCAUCGAGAGAAGAGAAACUAGCCGUCUGGCUUGGACUGUUGUUUCUAACUGCUGUGAAAACACAUGCUACAAAGUCACCAAAUUACUGGAAGGUAAUGAGUACAUGUUCCGUGUCAUGGCAGUGAACAGUCACGGUGUCAGUGACCCACUGGAUUCUGUAGGAGUGAUUAUGAAGACUCCAUUUGUCCCCCCUGGACAACCUCACGUUGAGAAUGUGUCUAAUAUUGCUCAUGAUAGCAUGACCGUCACAUGGACUGCCCCUGAGCAUGAUGGCGGCAGUGAAAUUACCAGUUAUGUGAUAGAAAAGAAGGACAGAAGUGGAAUCAAAUGGACAAGAUGCAACAGACAAAAAGUAACAGACCUCUCCUUCAGGGUUACAGGUCUUACCACUAAUCAUGAAUAUGAGUUCAGAGUGUCUGCAGAGAAUGUAGUUGGAGUGGGAGAGCCAAGCCUUCCAAGUUCAUACUACAAGGCCUGCGACCCCAAGUACAAACCUGGUGCCCCAGCAUAUGUGAAUGUGAUAGACUCCACAAAGAGUUCUAUUACAGUGUCGUGGGGUAAACCUGUGUCUGACGGUGGCAGUGCUGUACAAGGAUACAUUGUUGAAGUAUGUAAGGCUGAAGAGGAGGAAUGGACAAUGGUUACUCCCCCCACUGGCCUGCGUGUCAACAAAUAUGAAAUUACAAAACUUACUGAAGGUCAGGAAUACAAGAUCCGGGUUUGUGCUCUGAAUAAACUUGGAGUUGGUGAACCAGCGGCACCCUCUGGAACAGCUAAGCCAGAGGAAAGGAUGGAACCUCCACAGAUCCACCUAGACUCUGAGCUGAGGAAAGGCAUUGUCGUAAAAGCUGGUGGAUCAGUUAGAAUCCAUAUUCCUUUCAAAGGCAGACCAACACCUGAGAUUAAGUGGACUAAGGAUGAGGGAGACGUAACUGAAAAGGUUGUGGUUGAGAAAGCUCUCAAUUUCACUCAGCUGUCUAUUGACUCAUGUGACAGGGGCGACUCAGGAAAAUAUACACUGAGCCUUACAAACAGCAGUGGCACUGUUUCUGAGUUUGUUGCUGUCAAAGUCCUGGACACACCUGGAGCACCACAGAACCUUGUAGUUAAAGAAAUCAAAACAGACAGUGUCAUUCUGGUGUGGGAUGCUCCACUUAUUGAUGGAGGAUCUAAAGUAAAGAACUACGUCAUCGAUAAACGUGAAUCAACCAGGAAGGCAUAUGCAAACGUCUCCACAAAGUGCACCAAAACAACAUUCAAAGUUGAGAACCUGGUUGAAGGCGCUAUGUAUUAUUUCAGAGUCAUGGCUGAGAAUGAUUACGGAGUUGGCCAGGCUAUUGAAACAAAGACAGCUUCCAAGGCCUCAGAGGUACCAUUGCCUGUUGGAAACAUAUUCCUCACUGAUGUCACCAAGGCCACGGUGUCACUGGCUUGGGAGAAACCUGAGCAUGAUGGAGGUAGCAGAAUUGGUGGCUACCUGAUUGAGAUGCAGCCUAAAGGUACAGACAAGUGGGGAGUCGCCACAAAUACAAAGACAUGUGAUGGCACGGUCACAGGCCUCACAUCUGGAGCAGAAUACCUAUUCCGUAUCAUUGCUUACAAUGAGAAGGGAAAGAGUGAGCCAAAGGCCCUUGCCGCACCAGUGACUGCCAGUGACAUGACAGUGGAGCCAAGCAUUAAGAUGCAAUUCAACACUUACAGUGUAUUAGCUGGAAAAGAUCUUAAGUUGGACUUCCCUGUCCUUGGAAGGCCAAAACCUAAAGUCACCUGGUCUAAGGAUGGUCAGCCUUUGAAGGUGACAUCCAGGGUCAACGUGGUAGGCACUAAAACUUCAACAGGAAUUCAAAUAACUGAGGCAUCCAAAGAUGACUUUGGUAAAUACUCAAUUUCAGCAACCAAUUCUGCAGGCACAGUCACAGAGGAUGUGAGUGUUAUUAUUCUUGACAAGCCUGGUCCACCAUCAGGUCCAGUUAAGGUUGUUGAAGUGAGCAAUACCUUUGUUCAUCUGUCAUGGGAACCACCUGAGUACACAGGUGGAUGCCAGGUAAAGAACUACAUAGUAGAAAAGAGAGACACCACUACCCAAACAUGGCAAGCAGUCACUACACAGCUCGCUAGGACAGCCUUUAAGGUGACUAAACUUAAGACUGGUUCAGAGUACCAGUUCAGAAUCAUAGCUGAAAACAGAUAUGGAAAGGGAGUGCCACUGGAUUCCAAAGCCAUUGUUGUCCAAUAUCCAUACAAACCUCCAGGACCUCCAGGAACACCAUAUAUAAAAUCAGCAACAAAGGAAAUGAUGAUCAUCGAAUGGAAUAUGCCAGUCAAUGAUGGUGGAAGUUCAGUAAUUGGCUACCAUCUAGAAAGCAAGGAGAGAAGCAGCAUCCUGUGGAACAAACUGAACAAAACUCUCAUCGCUGAUACUCAGUUCAAAAUCUGCAACCUUGAGGAAGGCCUUGGAUAUGAAUUUAGAGUCUAUGCGGAGAACAUUGUGGGCAUUGGCAGAUGCAGCAAAGUGUCUGAAUCUUUCGUCGCCCGUGACCCUUGUGACCCUCCUGGUGCUCCUGAAGCAGUAUCUAUUUCUAAGAACCUCAUCAAGAUCCAGUGGACCAAACCUCAGUAUGACGGUGGCAGCAAAGUUAACGGAUAUAUAGUUGAAAGAAAAGAUCUUUCCUCCCCUGAGGGGCGCUGGGUGAGAGCUAACUUCACAAACAUUAUUGAGACUGAGUACACCGUAACUGGUCUCACUGAGAAUGAGCAGUAUGAGUUCAGAGUAAUUGCAAGAAAUGCAGCUGGAGUAUUCAGUGAGCCAUCAGACAGCUCUGGACCUAUUACUGCUACUGAUGAAAUUGAACCACCGAGAGCCUCAAUGGACCCCAAAUACAAGGAUGUCAUUGUCGUCAAUGCUGGGGAACACUUGCUUCUUGAUGCAGACAUCUAUGGAAAACCAAUUCCUGAUGUUGUCUGGCUUAAAGAAGGCAAGGAAAUGGACAGAGCCCUCCGUAUUGAAGUGAAAACUACACAGAAGCGUGCAGCCAUUACCAUAAAGGAUGUUACUAAGCUUGAUGGUGGCCAUUAUGACCUUGUCCUAAAGAAUCUGGGUGGUACAAAGACCUUCCCCAUCACUGUCAAAGUCCUUGAUAAACCAGGUCCACCAGCUGGACCCAUGAAGGUAACAGGAGUCAUGGCUGACAGGUGCACCCUUGCCUGGGCUGAGCCAACCCUGGAUGGUGGGGCCAGCAUCUCUCACUAUGUCUUAGAGAAAAGAGAGACAAGCAGGCUGUCAUGGACCGUGGCUGCACCAAACAUAAAGACUCUAUACUAUAAACUGAAAAAUUUGCUUCCUGGAGAUGAAUACAUUUUCAGAGUGAGGGCAGUCAACAAAUAUGGUGUUGGUGAUUUCCUUGAGAGUGAACCCAUCAUUGCACGCAAUCCUUACAAACCGCCUAGCGCUCCUGGAACUCCAGAGGCAAGUCAGAUCACUAAAGACUCAAUGGUUCUGUCAUGGACACCACCAGAACAGACUGGCGGUGCUGACAUUGAUGGCUACCACCUCGAAAAACGUGACAAAGACAGUGUAAGGUGGACAAAAUGCAACAGAGAGAAGCUGACUGACACCCACUUCAAGGUCACUGGUCUCAUGACAGACCACUUCUAUGAGUAUCGUGUUGCAGCAGAGAAUGAGGCUGGAAUGGGAGAUCUUAGUGAGCUGUCUCUAUUCUACAGAGCAUGUGAUGCCACAACACCCCCUGGUCCUCCUCAUCAUCCCAAGGUUACCGACUACACCAAGUCUUCUGUGUCUCUGUCAUGGGGUAAGCCUGACUUCGACGGUGGUGCCUACAUUAAAGGCUACAUUGUUGAAAUGAGAGAGUACACUCCAGUACCUGAAUCAACAGAGGAGGCAGAAGUGGCACCUGGAGUAGAAGCAACAGUAGAAAAAGAAUGGACUAUGUGCACUCCACCUGCUGGCAUUCAAGCCACUAAACUUACCAUACCAGACUUGAAGGAGGGCGGAGAGUAUCAAUUCCGUGUCUGUGCUAUUAACUCUGAGGGAGUGGGAGAGCCUGCUAGUGUCCACGGCACAGUGGUUACUUCUGACAGGGCAGAAGCACCAGAGAUGGAGCUCGAUGCCGAACUCAGAAAGGUGGUAUCCGUGCGUGCGGGAGGAACACUACGUCUGUUUGUCACCAUCAGAGGAAGGCCUGAACCUGCCGUGAAAUGGGAGAAGGUUGAGGGCACUCUCACAGACCGUGCUGCGAUUGACACAACCAGCUCUUACACAAUGCUUGUCAUUGACAAUGUUAACCGCUUUGACAGUGGGAAGUACUCACUCACACUGGAGAACAGCAGUGGGUCAAAAUCUGCUGUUGUUGCAGUAAGAAUCCUGGACACACCAAGUGCACCUCAAAACUUUGCUGUGAAGGAGCUAAAGAAGGACUCUGUUACUCUUGCCUGGGAUACUCCACUCACUGACGGUGGUUCUAAGAUCACGAACUACAUUGUAGAGAAGAGAGAGUCUGUCAGGAAGGCCUAUACUACUGUCACCAGCAACUGCACAGCCAACUUCUUCAAGAUUGAAGAGUUACCUGAGGGUGGAAUUUUCUACUUCAGAGUAUGUGCUGUUAAUGAAUACGGUCAGGGGCAGAGUGUUGAAACCAAAGAAGUUAAAGUGUCUGAGGUACCUCUGCCACCAAGCAAGAUUUCCCUUGUGGAUCUGACAAAGAACAGUGUGACUCUGGCAUGGGAAAAACCUGCUCAUGAUGGUGGAAGCAAAGUUAUGUGUUACAAUGUUGAAUUCAAACCCAAGAGUGGAGAUAAAUGGGGCACAGCAUGCACAGUCAAGGUGCCUGAAGCAACUGUACCAAAUCUGACUCCAAAUGAAGCCUAUUUGUUCAGAGUUGUUGCAAUCAAUGAGAAAGGAAAGAGUGAACCAAAGGAGCUUGGCUUGCCCGUGGUUGCAAAGGAUGUUGCAAUUGAGCCAUCUAUCAGUUUGCUGUUUAACACAUACAGCGUGAAGUCUGGAGAUGACCUCACCCUGGAGGUACCAGUAAGAGGCAGGCCUAAGCCUGUUGUAUCCUGGAAAAAGGAUGGGCUUCCUUUGAAGCAAACAUCAUCAGUGACCAUCCUGAACACAGCAACCUCUUCCAAAAUCCUUAUCAAAGAAGCUAGCAGGGAACAUGUCGGCAAGUAUGAGGUAACCUUGGCCAACUCAGCAGGAACCGUCUCAGCUGAUAUUGGAGUUGUUGUCCUCGAUAAACCAGGUCCACCUAAGGGCAUCAAGGUGGAUGCUGUGACUUCAGACAGCAUCACACUGUCCUGGUCCCCACCAGAGUACGAUGGUGGCUGCUGCAUCAGUAACUACAUUGUUGAGAAGAGAGACACAAACACACAAGAAUGGCAGAUGGUGGCUAGCAACGUUGCCAGAACAUCUUUCAAGGCUGGGCGCCUGACGCACGGCUCAGAGUACCAAUUCCGCAUCUAUGCCGUGAACCGUUAUGGAAAGAGUACAAGUCUGGAUUCACCCGGAAUCACUGCAGUGUACAGCUUCAAACAACCUGGACCACCAUCCACCCCUAUAGUGAAACUGGCUACCAAGUCCUUCAUGUUGGUAACUUGGAAUGAGCCAGUCAAUGAUGGUGGUAGCCCUGUCCUUGGCUAUCAUCUAGAAAGGAAGGAACGUUCUAGCAUCCUCUGGACAAAGAUGAACAGAGGAAUGAUCAAAGAUACAGAAUACAAAGUCAGUGGAAUUGAGGAAGGCAUGGUAUAUGAAUACCGUGUUUAUGCUGAAAAUAUCGCCGGCAUUGGUAAAAGCAGCAAAGCUUGUGAAGGUGUAGCUGCCAGGGAUCCAUGCGAUCCUCCAGGAACCCCUGUGGUCAUUUCCAUCACCAGAACUUCAGUCUCAUUGUCUUGGGAUAAACCAGAGUAUGAUGGUGGAGCUAAGGUUUCUGGCUACGUCAUUGAACGCAGAGACCUUCCAGAGGGACGCUGGACAAGAUGCAACUUCACUAACGUGCCUGAGACCCACUAUGACGUCACAGGCCUUACAGAGAACAGCCAGUAUGACUUCCGUGUCAUUGCAAAGAACGCUGCUGGUCUGUUCAGUGAACCAUCGUACAACACUGGUCCCAUCACUGUCAAAGAUGAUGUGGACCCACCACGUAUCAUGAUGGACGUCAAGUUUAGAGAGACAGUCCUUGUAAAAGCAGGAGAAACUCUGAAGAUUAAUGCUGAUCUUGCUGGUCGUCCUGCCCCUGUAGUCUCCUGGACUAAGGAUGGCAAAGACAUUGAGCUGAGAGCCAGAAUCCAGAUUGUUUCAACAGAUACAAGCACUUCCGUAAUUGUGAAGGAUUGCAUCAGAAGAGAUUCUGGACAGUAUGCCCUGACUCUGCAGAACAUUGGUGGAACAGUCACCAUGCCAAUUAACUGUGUGAUUUUAGAUAAGCCAGGACCUCCAGCAGGACCUCUACAGAUCACAGGUCUCACUGCUGAGGCAUGCACUCUGUCAUGGGGACCUCCUCAGGAGAUAGGUGGUGCUGACAUCACACAUUAUGUUGUUGAGAAGCGUGAGACCAGCCGUUUGGCGUGGACAAUGAUAAAGGGAGAUGUCACAAAGACAUAUUUCAAAGUCACCGGACUGCUGAAGGGCAAUGAAUAUGUCUUCAGAGUUCUGGCUGUCAACAAGCACGGUCUCGGUGAGACUCUGGAGAGUGAAGCUGUGAAAAUUACAGAUCCAUACACAUUUGCCACUGCACCAACCAGUGUUGAUGUCACAGACAUAACUGGAGACACAAUGACUCUCACCUGGUGCAAGCCAGCAAGUGAUGGAGGCAGUCCACUCACUGGAUAUGUGAUUGAACGCCGUGAGAAGACAGGCAUGCGCUGGGUCCGUGUAAACAGAGACCUUAUCACUGAAUGCACUGCUGUGGUAACAAAACUACGCAAGGGCUGUGAAUAUGACUUCAGAGUCUAUGCUGAAAAUGCUGCUGGUCUGAGCCCACCAAGUGAACAAUCAGCCACCUUCAGAGCAUUAGAUCCACUGGUCGUUCCUUCUCGCCCAACCAAGCCAAAGAUUGUAAACACAACAAAGAACAGCGCAUCAAUUGUCUGGAAACCACCAACAACUGACGGUGGCGCUCCUGUCCUUGGUUACAGUGUUGAAUACAGAGAACACAUUCCCAAACCAAAGCCAGAGGUUGAGGAAGAGGAAGAAUAUGAAGAGGAGGAAGAGGAAGUACCUGAAUCCCCUGAAGAACUUGCAAGAUGGGUUGAGGCUAUUGCUAUCACUAAGAGCUUGGAGUUCACCAUUGUUGGACUGAAGACAGAUAAACAUUAUGAAUUCUGUGUCAAAGCAAUAAACAAAAUUGGCAGCAGUAUUCGUAGUCUGUAUUCAGAGCCAGCGGCAGUAAUGGACAGAACUGCAGAGCCAUCAUUUGAUGUUGACAUCGAGAUGCGUAAAUUGCUCAUUGUUAAGCAUGGCACAGCAUUUACACUCAAUGUACCAUUCAAGGGAAAACCUGUACCCUCAGUAACAUGGGCCAAGGAGGGCAUUGACCUGAAGGUUAGAGGAACCAUUGAAUCAACAGAGUCUAGUACUUCACUGACUAUUGAGAAGUCCUCUAGAAAUGACUCUGGAGAGUACAGUGUUACUAUUGAAUCCCCAUUGGGAAAAGCAACCCUGCCAAUGGUUGUCAAGGUGCUCGACUCUCCAGGACCCCCCGUCAAUGUUAAGGUAUCAGCAGUGACCAGGGAUUCUGCAACCCUCACUUGGGAAGCUCCAGAAAAUGAUGGCGGUGAUGCAGUGAAGGCCUACCAUGUUGAAAAACGUGAGGCCAGUAAGAAGGCUUGGGUGUCUGUGACUAGCAACUGCCAUGCACUUUCUUACCUGGUUGAAAACCUUCAGGAGGGAGCCAUCUAUUACUUCAGAGUUAUUGCAGAAAAUGAAUAUGGAGUGGGCGUCCCUCAGGAGGCCAAGGCUGGAACAAAGAUCACAGAGGUUCCAAGUCCACCCAUGAAACUUGGAGUUGCAAAUGUUACCAAGGACUGUGUGACACUUGCUUGGACAAGACCAGAAUAUGACGGUGGUAGCAGAGUCACUGGCUAUCUUAUUGAUGCCCUAGAGAAGGGACAGACCAAAUGGGUCAAGUGCGCCACCGUGAGGGCCAUGACCCACACCAUUAAGAGCCUGAGAGAGGGUGCCGAGUACUUCUUCAGAGUUAGAGCCGAGAACCACGCCGGACUCAGUGAACCAAAGGAGAUGAUCGUACCGGUCCUUGUCAAAGAAAUACAUGAGGCCCCUGAAUUUGACAUGAAGAACUAUCCCAAGAAUACGGUUUAUGUUAAGGCAGGAUCAGAUCUGACCUUUGAGAUUCCUCUCACUGGUAGACCAAUGCCAAAGGUGGCCAUGUCCAAGAACAAUGUGGUCAUCAAGGGGUCAAAGAGGCUGCUUGCAGAAGUGACUCCAGACAGUCUAGUCAUCACUCUGACUGAAAGCAUUUCAACCGAUGCUGGCAAAUAUGAAAUAACCGCCUCAAAUGCUGGAGGCACCACUAAAAUCUUCAUUAUCUUCAUUGUGAUGGAUAAACCUGGGCCUCCAGUCGGUCCAGUUGAGAUCGGAGAGGUUGGAGAAACCACAGUAUGCUUGAAAUGGGCACCUCCAGAGUAUGACGGCGGCAGCCCUGUCACAAACUACAUUGUUCUGAAACGAGAAACAAGCACUCCAGCCUGGGAAGAAGUGUCCACUAGCAUCGCCAGAAGUGCCAUCAAGGUUCAUAAGCUGACAAAGGGAGAGGAGUACCAGUUCAGGAUCAAGGCUCAGAACCGUUACGGUGUCAGUGAUCAUAUUGACAGCAAACCAGUCACAAUAAAGCUUCCUUACACCAUCCCUGGACCCCCAUCAACACCAUGGCUCAGCUUUGUAUCCAGAGAGAGUUUGACAGUCUGCUGGAAUGAGCCAGUCAACGAUGGUGGAAAUCCUGUGUUUGGAUAUCAUCUCCAAAUGAAAGAGAGGAGCAGCAUCCUCUGGCAGAAGGUCAAUAAGACCGCAAUCCCGGCAAACCAGUGGCGAGUCACCAACAUCUGCCCUGGCCUCAUCUAUGAAUUUAAGGUAGCAGCUGAAAACGCUGCAGGUAUUGGAAAGAUGAGCAAGACCUCUGAAGAAGUACUAGCAAUUGAUGCCUGUGAGCCCCCAGCAAAUGUACGCAUUACAGAAGUCACCAAGAACUCAGUCAGCCUGGCAUGGCAGAGGCCUCCAUAUGACGGUGGCAGCAAGAUUACCGGCUACAGUGUGGAGAGGAGGGAUGCUCCAAAUGGAAGAUGGGUGAAGGCCAACUUCACAAACAUCAUUGAGAUGGGCUUCACAGUUUCUGGACUGAACCAAGAUGAGUCUUAUGAGUUCAGAGUGUAUGCCAAGAAUGCCGUUGGAUCUGUCAGCAACCCGUCUCUCAUUGCUGGCCCGGUCACUUGUGUGGAUGCAUGUGGUGCACCAGCUAUUGAUCUGCCACCAGAGUAUUUGGAUGUGGUUCAAUACAAGGCUGGAGCUUCAGUUAAACUGAGAGUUGGAAUCAUCGCCAAACCUCUACCAACAAUCGAGUGGCUGAAGGACGGAAAGGAUCUGGUACAAACUUCUACAAUAUCUAUUGAAAGCACAACUGACUCCUCAGCUGUUCUGAUCAAGGAUGCAGCUCGCCUUCACACUGGCUCAUACGAGGUCAAAAUUAAGAAUGUUCUUGGUUCUGCAUCUGCAACUAUCAGGAUUGAAAUCCUAGAUAAACCCGGACCCCCAGCUGGCAUAAUUAACUUCAACUUAGUUACAGCAGACAGAAUUGUCUUCAGCUGGGAGCCUGUACCUGAGUCAGACCAGGGCGGUGCCAAGGUGACUCACUACAUCGUUGAGAGGCGGGAAACCAGUAGAGUGGUCUGGUCAACAGUUUCAGACAGGCAUGAGAAGACUCACGUCACAGUUGGACAGCUUUUGCAAGGAAAUGAGUAUGUGUUCCGAGUAAUGGGAGUAAAUAAAUUUGGAAUCGGAGAGCCUCUGGAGUCGGAGCCUGUCAUCGCUAAGAACGCCUUUGUAACUCCUGGGCAGCCACGUACUCCCGAGGUCACAACCAUCACCAAGACCACAAUGGUCGUGGAAUGGGACAAACCAGGUGUAGAUGGAGGCAGCGCUGUGACUGGCUAUUACCUGGAGCGUCGUGACAAGAAGAGCUUGCGCUGGAUCAGGGUUUAUAAAGACCCUAUUACUGACACCAAACAGGGUGUCUAUCAUUUGACAGAAGGAAACGAGUACCAGUAUCGCAUCUGUGCCAUUAACAAGGCUGGAGAGGGACCUUUCUCUGACGCAUCAGACUUCUACAAAGCUGCAGACCCAGUUGAUCCACCCGAUGAGCCCUGCAAGCUGAAGGUAGUGGACUCCACAAAGACUUCCAUCACCUUGGGCUGGUCCAAGCCAGAAUGGGACGGAGGCAGUGAGGUCACCAGCUACAUGGUGGAGAAGCUGAUCGAGGGAGAGCAACAAUGGGCGAUGAUAACGUCCAAGGGAGAGGUGAAGACAACUGAAUACAUCAUCCAUGACUUAAAACCAGAUGUCAACUACUUCUUCAGAGUCUCUGCUGUCAACUGUGCUGGCCGGGGAGAGCCGCUGGAGAUGACUGAGCCUGUGCAGGCUAAGGAUAUCCUUGAGGAGGCCCAGAUUGAUACCGAUGUGGCCAUGAGAACACACUACAUCGUGAAGGCUGGCAAAGAUGUGGAGCUGUCUGUGCCCCUUAAAGGCCGACCUUCCCCAACAGCUUCAUGGAGCAAGGGAGAACAAUGCAUUGAUCGGGAUCCCAAAUAUGAGUUCCACCACUCAGAUACAACAACGGUCCUUGUUAUGCGUGAGGUGACCAGGCUUGAUACUGGAAAGUACACAGUAAAGAUUGAAAACGGUGUUGGUGAGCCCAAGACCCUUACCCUGUCUGUGAAGGUCCAGGACACUCCUGCUCCGUGCCAAAAUCUUGUUCUGAAGGAUGUCACACGUGGAAAGGUCACUCUCUGUUGGGAGCCUCCACUUCUUGAUGGCGGUGCUGAGAUCACAAACUACGUUGUUGAGAAGAGAGACUCUUCCAAACGAUCCUACUCUGCAGUGACCAGCAAGUGCACAGAAACAACAUACACCAUUGAAGAUCUCUCAGAGAAGACAUCCUUCUUCUUCCGUGUGUUAGCAGAAAAUGAGAACGGUGUUGGUGAACCAUGUGAAACUCUUGAGCCUGUAAAGGCUACAGAGACCCCAGGACCAGUCAAGGAGGUUUCUAUGAAGGAUUCAUCCAAGACUUCUGUGACACUACAGUGGCUGAAGCCUGAUUACGAUGGUGGCAGCAUUAUCUCUGACUAUGUCAUUGAGAAGAAGCUCAAAGGUGAGGACUGGUCACUGGGAGGAACCAGCAGACAGUGCGAGUUUGAGGUUAAGAAACUCAAGGAACACUCAGAAAUGUUCUUCAGAGUUGCUGCAAGGAACGAAAAAGGACAGGGCGACUUUGUUGAGGCUGGGCCUAUCAAGGUCAUUGAUUACAUCAUCACACCUGAGGCCAGCCUUGCUGAAUAUCCAAAAGGAAGAAUUAGUGUCCGCCUGGGUCACAAUGUGCACGUUGAGCUACCAUACAAAGGAAAACCCAAACCUUCUAUUCUGUGGCUGAAGGACAACCUGCCUCUAAAGGAGAGCGACCAAAUCCGCUUUAAGACGACAGAAAACAAAGCUACUCUGAUGAUUAAGAAUGUGACGAAGGAGAACGAGGGUAAAUACACCUUGACUCUAGAUAACAAGGUCAAUAGGAGAUCCUUCCAUAUCCAUGUCAUCACACUUGGACCACCAUCAAAGCCUGUUGGACCCAUCAAUCUGGACGAAGUAAGAGCUGAGAGCAUCAUGAUAUCCUGGGAAGAACCUAACGAUGAUGGUGGCGGAGAAAUUACCUGCUACACUGUGGAGAAGCGUGACACCUCCAAGACUGAGUGGAAGAUGGCCUGCUCCAACGUACAGGGUACGCAGUUCAAGGUCCCUAACCUGAUCAAGGGAGUCCAAUACCAGUUCAGGGUCUGUGCUGAAAACAGGUAUGGUGUCAGCGAGGCGCUAGUCUCACAAAUGGUCAUUGCCAAGCACCAGUUCAGGCCUCCAGGCCCACCAGGCAAGCCUAUCGUGUAUAACGUCACCAAUGAUGGUAUGACCAUCCAAUGGGAGAAGCCAAUCUACGAUGGUGGUACCCCCAUCCAAGGAUACCAUGUGGAGAAGAAGGAAAAGAACAGCAUCAUGUGGCAAAAGGUGAACACUGUACAAGUCAAAGAAACAGACUUCAGGAUCCUGGAACUCAUUGAAGGCCUUGAGUAUUCCUUCAGAGUCUACGCCCAGAAUGACGCCGGCUUCAGCCGAAUGAGUGAUGAGAGCAAGUCCACCAUGGCUGUCAGUCCUGUCGAUCCUCCUGGUCAGCCUGAUUACACUGAUGUAACUAGUGACUCAGUGUCACUGAAAUGGGAUGCACCCAAGCGCGAUGGUGGAAGCAAAAUUACCGGCUACACUGUUGAGAAGCGCCAAGGACAUGGGCGCUGGUUCAAGGCCAACCUGACGGACGUACAUGACUGCCAGUACACCGUUACCGGGUUGGCAACAAAUGAACGCUACGAGUUCAGGGUGAUUGCUAGAAACGCCAUUGGUGUGGUCAGCCCUCCCUCUAACUCCUCUGGCUUGAUUGUCGUCAGAAGUGAGAAUGCUGCUCCAAACAUUGAGUUUGGCCCAGAGUACUUUGAAGGUCUGACAGUCAAGGCAGGAGAUAACAUCAGGCUGAAAGUGACAAUCACAGGGCGCCCUGUCCCCAAGGUGGUCUGGUUCAGAGAUGGUGUCGAGGUGACCAAAAAGAUGAUGGACAUUCUCAAUGUAGCUGGAUCCAGCACCUUGUUUGUGAGGGAUGCUGAUCGUACACACCGUGGCCUCUACACUGUGGAGGCUACAAAUGGAUCUGGAAGCAAGAAGGAGAACAUCCUUGUUCAAGUACAAGAUACUCCUGGGGAGCCUGUAGGACCCUUAACAUUCAGUAACAUCUCAGAAGGCAGGUGCACACUGUCCUGGAACCCACCAGAGAAUGAUGGCUGCUCUGAGAUCUCACAUUACAUCGUUGAGAAGCGUGAGACGGCGAAGAUCUCCUGGGCCUUGGUGUCUGAUGAAUGUAAGGAGUGCACAUUCAAUGCAACCAAGCUUAUCAAGUCCAAUGAAUACCAGUUCAGGGUCUCUGCUGUAAACAAGUUCGGAGUUGGAAGACCUUUGGAAUCCAGCCCCAUCAUUGCUCAGCUGCAAUACACUACUCCUGAUGCUCCAGGAACUCCUGAUGCCACUGAAGUUACAGGAGAGAGCAUCACCCUGUCUUGGGCUCCUCCAACAUCUGAUGGAGGAAACCCCAUUCAGUAUUACAUCCUGGAGAAACGAGAGAAGAAAACUACCAAGUUCUACAAGGUCAUUUCCAAGAAGCCCAUCAUUGAAUGUGCUCACAAAGUGCUCCACCUAACAGAGGAUAUGGAAUAUGAAUUCCGUGUAAUGGCAGUGAAUGACGCAGGUGUUGGAACACCUAGCAACAUCUCUAUGCCUAUCAAGGCCGCAGAGCCAAAGGAUAUUCCUUGUGCUCCAUCUGUGAUCUGUGUGUCAGACUCCACCAACACAUCCAUCAGCCUGGAAUGGACCAGGCCUGCAGAUGAUGGAGGCAUGGAGAUUAUGGGCUACAUAAUUGAGAUGGUGAAGGGAGAAGGAGACGAUUGGAAGAGAGUUAAUGAGGUGCUGAUUUCAGAGACAACUUAUGUAGUUACUGGUCUCCAGACAGGAGCUGAGUACAGGUUCCGUGUCGCAGCUGUCAACCACAUAGGAAGAGGUGAAGACAAGGAGACUCUGGAGCCUGCUCAGGCUGUAGACAGACUAACACCACCACAGGUGGAUAUUGAUGCAUCCUUCAAGCAGACACAUAUUGUCAAGGCUGGAGGUUCAGUUUGCCUUGGCAUUCACUUCAGAGGAAAGCCUAUUCCAACAGCCACCUGGGUCAAGGAAGAGGGAGAACUCGGUGUCAUGUCUGAGAUCACAACAACAGAAGGCUACAGCUCUCUAAACAUUGAGAACUGCUCCAGAAAUGACACAGGCAAAUAUACAGUUAACCUGGAGAAUUCUAGUGGCAGCAAGGCCAUUACAUUCACUGUCAAGGUCAUGGACACUCCCGGAGCUCCUCAGAACGUUACCAUGAAAGAGGUGUCCAGAGGCACUGUCACUGUUGCCUGGGAGCCUCCUCUCAAUGACGGCGGAGCUAGAAUCCAUCACUACAUCGUUGAGAGGCGUGAGGCUAGCCGUCGCACUUGGACUCAGUCUGGUGGAAAAUGCACACAGCAUGUCCUUAAGAUCCAGGACCUGCUGGAGGGUGUACCAUACUUUUUCAGAGUCUCGGCUGAAAACCAGCAUGGUGUUGGAGAGGCGUUUGAGCUUACUGAACCUGUCAUUGCCACUGCAGAGCCUGCAGCUACAAAGAGACUGGACAUCCUGGACACCACAGACAACUCAGUGUUACUGGGCUGGCUGAAACCAGAGCAUGAUGGAGGCAGCCGUAUCCAGGGCUACGUCAUUGAAGCUAAGCCAAAGGGCACAGACAAAUGGAUGGUGGUUGGAAACACCACAAAUCUCACUUAUUCAGUUGAAAAGCUUAACAAGGGUGAUGAGUACGACUUCCGUGUGAAGGCAAAGAAUGAGUCUGGCUACAGCACAGCCAAGGAAACUAUCAGUCCUGUGCUGGUCAAAGAGCCACACAUUGAACCUGCUGCUGAUCUCAGUGAGAUAGCCAACCAGCUGAUUACAUGUAGGUCAGGCAGUACCUUCACUAUUGAUGUUCCCAUCAGCGGUAGACCUGCUCCUAAGGUCAGCUGGAGGCUGGAAGAGAUGAGGCUGAAGAGCUCAGACAGAGUCACCAUUAAAGUCACCAAAGACAGAGCCAGCAUCUCCGUAAAGGAAGCCAUGAGAGGAGACGGUGGUAAAUACUUCCUAACUCUGGAGAAUGUCACUGGAACUAAGACCUUCACUGUUGAAGUUAAUGUCACAGGAAAACCUAGUCCACCAACUGGACCCGUUGAAAUUUCCUCCAUCACCUCUGAGUCUUGCGUCGUAAACUGGCAACCUCCAGAGGAUGACGGCGGCACUGACAUAACUAACUACAUCGUUGAGAAGCGUGAGUCUGGCUCCACCGCCUGGCAGCUGAUCAACUCCAGCGUGAAGCGCACAUCCCUCCAUGUCAGCCACCUCACCAAGUACAUGCAGUACACAUUCAGGGUAUCAGCUGAGAACAGAUUCGGAGUCAGCAAGUCUACAGAGUCUGAGACAAUUGUUGCAGAGCAUCCUUACACUCCUCCUGGUCCACCAACAAAACCCACAAUCUUUAAUGUCACUGCCAACACCAUGACCAUGAAAUGGGAAGAGCCAUACCACGAUGGUGGCAGCAAGGUUACAGGCUACUGGAUUGAGAAGAAGGAAAGAAACAACAUCCUGUGGGUGAGGGAGAACAAGAUCCCUUGCUUUGAGUGUUACUACAAAGUGGAGGGUCUGGUUGAAGGCCUGGAGUAUCAGUUCAGAGUUUACGCCAUGAACAGUGCUGGGCUAAGCAAAGCCAGUGAGGCCUCCAAGGGAGCAGUAGCUCAGAACCCAGUUGAUCCUCCAAGUAAGCCAGAAGUCACAAACGUUACUAGAACCACAGUUUCCCUUAAAUGGUCAUCUCCACUGAAUGAUGGCGGCAGUCCCAUUGUUGGGUACAUUGUGGAACGUAAACCGUACACUUUGACCGGUGAAGGCCGCUGGCUCAAGUGCAACUACACCAAUGUGACCGACACGUUCUACACCGUCACUGCGCUAGGAGAGGGAGAGCCCUACGAGUUCAGAGUCAUUGCCAAGAAUGCUAACCAGGUGUUCAGUUUACCAUCUGAGUCCACUGGAUCUGUGCAGUGCAAGACAGACUUUGAGCCUCCUAAAGCUCAGCUGGAUAGUAAACUCCUCUCAGAAACUGUGAUGGUCAGAGCUGGAUCAGACCUGGUUCUGGACGCUGCGGUCGGAGGAAGACCUGACCCCAAAGCUUCCUGGUCAAAGGGUACCAGGGAUUUGGAGUUGUGUGAGAAGUAUCACCUUCAGUACACCCCCACCAAGGCUAUGGCCAUCAUCAAGUUCUGUGACAGAGAUGACACUGGAAAGUACAUUCUUACUGUUAGGAACGUAAGCGGAACCAAGACCGCUGAGGUCAACGUCAAAGUGCUUGACACCCCUGGAGUCUGUGAAGGCAGCAUCGAGAUCAGUAAGAUCACAGAGGAGUCCUGCACACUGAGCUGGAAGCCUCCUCUUGAGGAUGGUGGCGAUGAUAUCUCCCAUUACAUCGUGGAGAGGCGCGACACUAACAGACUUAACUGGGUCAUCAUGCAUGCCGAAUGCAAAGAAUUGACUUGCAACAUCACCGGGCUUUUCAAGAACACAGAGUACCUGUUCAGAGUCUGUGGAGUCAACAAGUAUGGAGCCGGCAUCUACCUCCAGUCAGGACCAAUGGUUGCCAGAAACACUUUCACUGUUCCAACUCCUCCUGGUGCUCCAGAGAUUCUCGUAUCAGGAAAGGACUUCGCCACCAUCGAGUGGCUGAAGCCAGAGAGUGAUGGCGGUAGCCCGCUGAUCCACUACUUGGUUGAGAGGCGAGAGAGGAAGAGUGCCCGCUGGGUGAAGGUGAACAGGGAUGGAGCUCAUCUGGACACUACACUGAAGGUGUCUGGUUUGACUGAAGGCAACAUCUACCAGUUCAGAGUGACGGCUAUCAACAAGGCCGGAGAGAGCGAAGCCAGCGAGGUCUCUCUGUAUGUGGUGUGCCGAGUGCCAACAUGCACCCCUGCUCCUCCCUCUAUUCCUCGUAUUACCGACACCCAUGCCGACAGCAUCAGCCUGGCCUGGUCCCGCCCUGUGGAGGAUGGAGGAGCUGAUGUGAUGGGCUACAUCCUGGAAAUGCAGGAAGCUGGAGCAGAGGAAUGGACAAAGGCCCAUGAAAAGACCCUGCGUGCCACCGAGUAUGUUGUGACUGGACUAUCUGCUGGCAAGAAGUACCACUUCAGAGUGGCUGGCAUCAACAUUAAUGGUACAGGAGACUUCAGCGAACCCUGUGCUGAGACUGAGCCUGUGGAGAGAAUUGAAACCCCUGACUUUGAGCUCCAUGAAGACCUGAAGAAGACCAUCUGCCUGCGUGCUGGAGGCUCCAUCAGAAUGUUUGUUAAAGUCACUGGUCGUCCUUAUCCUGCCAUCACUUGGAGCAAACCUGGUGUUGACCUUCAAAACAGAGGAUUCAUCGAGGUCACAAACACAUCCACCACACUCAUCAUUGACAAAGUCCACCGCUAUGAUGCCGGCAAGUACACACUGGUGGCUGAGAACUCUGCUGGAAAACAAGAGGCCAACAUCCUGGUCAAGGUCUACGAUACUCCUGGACCAACUGGACCAAUCAAGAUCAAAGAGCUGACCAAAGAGUCUGCUACCAUCUCCUGGGAAGCUCCAACUGUGGACGGUGGUGCUCCUGUCAACAACUACAUCAUUGAGAGGCGUGAGGCGUCCAUGAGAGCCUACAAGACCGUCACCUCCAAGUGUAGUAAGACGUCCUACAAGAUCGAUGGCUUGAUGGAGGGCAUGCUGUACUACUUCAGGGUCCUACCCGAGAACAUCUAUGGUAUCGGAGAACCCUGUGAGACUCCAGAUGUUAUCCUGGUUUGUGAGGUGCCUCUGCCGCCAAACAAGCUGGAGGUGAUCGACGUCACUAAGAGCACUCUCUCCCUGGGUUGGGAGAAGCCAGAGCACGAUGGUGGCAGCAGACUGACAGGCUACGUCAUUGAAGCCUGCAAGUUUGGCACUGACAAGUGGAUGAAAGUCGCUACUCUGAAGCCCACAGACUUCGAGCACACCAUCGAGAAGCUGAAUGAGAAUGAGCAGUAUUUGAUUAGAAUAAGGGCGGUCAACAGCAGAGGAGCCAGUGAGCCUAAAGAGCUUCUCACUGCUGUUACAGUACAGGAACAGAGAGUCAUGCCUGUGGUAGACUUCUCCAGUAUACCGCAGAAGGUUGUCAACGUCCUGGCUGGCAAGACUCUGGAGCUGGACUUGCCCAUCAUCGGCAGGCCUCCUCCUGUCUGCUCCUGGUUCUUCAGUGAUAACAAGAUAAAAAUCACAGAUCGCGUCAAGGUCAAGAGCACUGGCAAGUUCUCCAAACUGUCCAUAUCUGACACCACCAUUGAUGACACUGGUGACUACACUCUGGAGGUGAAGAAUGCCGUCGGUACUAUCAGCGAGGUCAUCAAAGUCAUCAUCCUCUCUAAACCGGAUGAACCAAAAGGACCCAUUAAGUUUGAGGAGAUUGACGCGACCACCGUAACCUGCAGUUGGGAACCACCUGUCAGAGAUGGCGGCGCUCCCAUCAGUGGCUAUGCGGUAGAGCAGCGUGAUGCUCACAGACCUGGCUGGGUGCCUGUUUGUGACUCUGUUAGCCGACCAAUAUUCAAGUUUGAGAACCUGAUUGAGGGAGAUGAGUAUGUCUUCCGUGCAGCAGCCAUCAAUCGUUAUGGCACCGGAGAGUUCCUGCAGUCUGAAAUUGUUACCUGCAGGAGCAUGAAGAAUGUGUCUGGACCUCCUGGCCGUCCAACCGUCUUCGAUGUUUCCCGUGACGGCAUGACCGUGGCCUGGAACCCACCAGACGAAGACGGUGGUCUUGAAGUUUCUGGAUACAUUAUCGAGCGUAAAGAAGUCAGGGCUGACAGAUGGGUGAGGGCCAACAAGAACCCCAUCACCAUGACCAGAUACAGGUCAACAGAGCUGAUCGAGGGUCUUGAGUACGAACAUAGAAUCAUCGCUAUCAACGCAAGAGGAAUGAGCAAGCCAAGUCUGCCAUCUAAGCCCGCGGUGGCAACAGACCCCAUCGAUCCACCUGGCUGUCCACAAAACCCAAGAAUCACCGACACCACCAAGUCCUCUGUGUCGCUUGCCUGGAGUCCUCCUGAUGAUGAAGGAGAUGCAAGAGUUGAUGGUUACUUGAUUGAGAUGCAAAAGGCAGGCUCACUGGCCUGGAUCAAGUGCAACACCACACCAUCUCUUAUCUGCGAGUACACGCUAACAAGCAUGGUACAGGGAGAGGAGCUCAAAUUCCGUGUGAUGGCCUGCAACGCAGGAGGCUCUGGAGAGCCUGCUGAGGUGCCUGGAACAGUCAAAGUGACAGAGAUGCUUGAAUCCCCAGACUUUGAACUGGAGCUGAAAUACAAAGAUUUGUACGUGGUUCGCCAGGGAGGAGUGGUUAGACUCUCUGUUCCCGUCAAAGGAAAGCCUCAACCAACCUGCAAGUGGUCCAAGGAUGGCAGCGAUGUCUCUGCCAUGGCCAUGAUUGCCUCCACAGAAGAAGCCAGUGAGCUGGUGAUCAAGGGAGCUGAGAGAAGUGACUCCGGAGUGUACGACCUCCUGUUGGAGAACAGGGUUGGCAAGAAAAAGGCUCAAAUAAAGGUAAAGGUCAUCGGCCGCCCAAGUGCUCCAGAAGGACCGAUGCUCUUUGAGGAGAUCCAGGCCAACUCUGUCAAGGUGUCUUGGAAGGCGCCCACAGAUGAUGGUGGCUCAGAGAUCCUGGGUUAUAUUGUAGAAAGACGUGAGGCAGCCAGAAACGCUUGGUACACCGUGGACUCCAGAGUGACUGACACUCAGCUGGUUGUCAAGGGCCUGAAGGAGGGAACAGAGUACCACUUCAAAGUAACAGCUGAAAACUCCUUUGGUAUCAGCUCCUCUCUGAAGUCAGAGCAGCCAGUGGUGCCAAAGACUCCUCUCUGUCCUCCAGAGCCUUCAGGUACCCCAGCAGAAAUCAUGGAUGUCACAAAGAGUUCUGUGGCAUUGGCCUGGUCCAGACCAAAGGACGACGGUGGCUCUGCCAUCACCGGGUACUUUGUGGAAUACAAACUGGUGUCUGCUGAGACAUGGUCUCGGCACCAGACUCAGAUCACCUCUACCAUGUUUACUCUACCUGGACUAACCCCUGAUUCAGAGUACCAGUUCCGCAUAGUUGCUGUCAACAACAUCGGCGAGAGCGAGGCUGGACCUGUGUCCGACCCUGUCACCUGCAAGGAUCCAUUCGACAAGCCAAGCCAACCAGGAGAGAUCGACACAGUGAACGUAUCCAACAACUUCAUCACUAUCCGCUGGCAACCUCCAGAAUGUGAUGGUGGAAAGGAAGUCCUGGGCUACUGGAUAGAGUACAGGAAGUCCAUUGAGAGCACAUGGAAGAAGUGCAACAAACAGAGGCUGAAAGACAAAGAGUUCACUAUGCCUGGACUGGCUGAGGCCACAGAGUAUGAAUUCAGAGUAUUUGCUGAGAAUGAGACUGGAAUGAGCAGACCCCGUAGGACUGCCACAUGCAUUAAGACCAAACUGAGUGUUGAAAGUAAACCAAGUCUAAGGAAGGAAAUGGAUGAAGUAACUGCCAAGCUUGGCCAGCCUGCUGUCAUGAAGUGCCAGAUCAUUGGCAGGCCCGUCCCUGAAAUCAAGUGGUAUCAUGCUGGCAAGGAGGUGGUUGAGUCGCGGAAGUACGCGAUGAGCUCUGAUGGCCGUAACCACUCUCUUUCCAUCAUGACCGACCAACAGGAGGAUGAGGGACCGUAUACAUGCAAGGCCAUCAACGAUGCUGGAGAGGCUGAGUCCACAGGAACCUUGGUGUUGGAGGCUGCUCCAUCCUUCCACCCUGACUACCCUCUGAAGGAAACCUACUAUGCUGGCCUGGGAACCACUCUGCGCAUCCACGCCGUCUACAUUGGCCGUCCUGAGCCCAAGAUCAUGUGGCUUCAUGGGGCAAAGACCCUGGAGAACACAGACGACAUCAGCAUUGAGACCACAGAGCAUUAUACUCACCUGGUCAUCAAGAACGUGCAGCGCAGAGUUCAUGGAGGCAAAUACAGGAUCCGCCUGCAUAACCACUUUGGCAGGGCUGACACCGCAUUCAGCGUUGAAAUUUAUGACAAACCUGACAAGCCACAAGGUCCCAUUGUGCUGGAUGCCCUCCUGAAGAACUCUGUCAUUAUCAGCUGGAAGCCUCCUACAGAUGAUGGCGGCUGCAUGAUUACCAACUACAUUGUGGAGAAGCGUGAGGACAAAGAGGGCACUGAGUGGGAACUGGUGUCAUCGUCCAUCAAUGGUACAUCUUGCCGUGUACCUAACCUCAUUGACAGUGCUGGAUACUUCUUCCGUGUGUACGCUCAGAACCGCUACGGCAACAGUGAACCACUGGAGCUGACUUCACCUAUACUCAUCAAGAGCCAACUGGAGAAACCAUCACCACCUCUGUCUCCAGUUGUUUCUGGUAUUACAAAGGACUCUUGCGUCGUUUCCUGGAAGCCACCACUAAGCGAUGGCGGCUCCAAGAUCAAGAGCUAUUGCCUUGAGAAGAAGCAAAAGAAGGAUAAGAAGGAAUGGGGUGAUUGGACCCCAGUGACAACAGAUGAGAUCAAGCAGACAGUGUUUUCUGUCAAGCGUCUGACCGAGGGCGUUGAGUGCAUCUUCCGUGUGAAGUGCGAGAACCUCGGUGGAGAAAGCGACUACAGUGAGGAGACUGCUCCCAUUGUUCCGGCCACAGUCGUCGAGGUCCGUGCUCCUGCUUUCAAGGAAGAGCUGAGGAACAUGAGUGUCAAGUACAAGAGCAACGCUACACUUGUCUGCAAGAUAAUAGGACAGCCUAAGCCUGUGAUUAAAUGGUUCAGACGUGGAAAGGAAAUUCACUCCGAUGGAAAGAAGAUUAAGAUCCAGGAGUUUAAGGGAGGUUACCACCAGCUGGUCAUCACUGAAGCUGAUGAGGAAGAUUCCACCGUGUACCAGAUAAGGGCAACCAACCAGGGCGGCUCCAUCUGUGCUACAGUCUCACUGGAUGUUGAAAUUCCUGCAAAGAUCAACCUGCCAAAGAACCUGAAGGACAAGGAGGCUAUCCCUGCUCUGCGUGGAGAAGUAGUCAACAUCAAGAUUCCUUUCAGUGGCAAACCAGAUCCUGUCAUUACAUGGCAGAAGGGACAAGAUCUCAUUGACAGCAACGGUCACUACCAAGUUAUUGUCACCAGAUCUUUCACUUCUUUGGUGUUCCCCAACGGAGUGGAGAAGAAGGAUGCUGGUUUCUACAUUGUUUGUGCCAAGAACAGAUUUGGCAUCGACCAGCAGACAGUGGAACUUGAUGUGGCUGACGUGCCUGAUCCUCCAAGAGGCAUCAAAGCUAGCGACGUCUCUAGAGAUUCAGUCACACUGAACUGGGUAGCCCCAGCAAACGAUGGUGGCAGCAGGGUAAUCAACUACAUCAUUGAGAAGUGCCCGACAACCGCUGAGAGAUGGCAGCGUGUUGCCCAGUCCCGUGACACCCGCUACACUGUUAUCAAUCUGUUUGGUGGAACCAGCUAUCAGUUCAGAGUCAUCGCUGAGAAUAAGUUUGGACAGAGCGCUCCGUCAGAGACCACUGGACCUGUCAUGACUAAGGAGGACAAAUCUAGAGUUCUGCUCUAUGACAGAGAGGUUGACGAUACAGGGCGUGUGCCAAAGAGCAAGGCUCCACAUUCUGAAGCCAAGAAUCUGCAUAACAAAUACGCCAUUGCAGAGGAACUGGGCAGGGGUCAGUUUGGUAUCGUCCACCGCUGUGUAAGCAUCAGCUCUGAGAAGACCUACAUGGCUAAGUUUGUUAAAGUCAGAGGUGCUGAUCAAGCAACAGUGAAGAAGGAAAUUGCAACACUGAACCUGGCUAAGCACACCAACUUCCUCCUCCUCCACGAGUCCUUUGACAGCCCUGAAGAGCUGGUAAUGAUCUAUGACUUCAUCUCUGGUACUGACAUCUUCGAGCGCCUGAAUUCAGCAGAGUUUGAGCUUAAUGAGCGUGAGAUUGUCAACUACAUCAGUCAAAUCUGCUCAGCUCUUGAGUUCCUGCAUGCUCAGAGCUAUGGGCACUUUGAUAUUAGACCUGAAAACAUUGUGUACACUACUAGAACCAGCUCCAAUGUUAAGAUUAUUGAGCUGGGACAGUCCAGACACCUGACCCCUGGAGACCAAAUCAAGGUUCAGUAUAGCACUGCAGAGUAUGCUGCACCUGAGAUCCACCAGUGUGAUAUGGUCAGCAGUGUGACUGAUAUGUGGGCAGUCGGUGUCCUUGCCUACGUGCUCAUUAGUGGACUUAAUCCUUUCACGGCUGAAACCAACCAACAAAUGAUUGACAACAUCUCCAACGCAGCGUACAGCUAUGAAGACGAGUCCUUCAAGCAAGUCAAUGUUGAUGCAUUAGACUUCACAGACCGCUUGAUGACAAAGGAUCGUAAGCAUCGUAUGACUGCUGCAGAGGCAUUGGCACAUCCUUGGCUAACUAAACCUGCAGAGCAAUUAAGCACCAGAGCAAUCACAACUACCAGACAUAAGCGAUACUACCAGACAAUGACCAGGAAGGAGUGGAACACUGUUGUCUCUGCAGCUCGUGUUGCCAGUGGUGGCUCCAUCAGGUCCCAGCGUGGUGUUUUUGUUGCCAAGGUGAAGAUUGCACCAUUUGAAAAUGGUCCUGUUGCAGGCCAAAUUAGCCACACUAUGGCUAAUGAGGGUGGCGGUGCGAAGUUCAUCUGCAACAUUGAAAACUAUGAUAGCACCACUGAAGUGACAUGGUAUUGUGGUGUCAGGCAACUUGAAGCAGGUGACAAAUAUGAAAUCGAAUACGAGGAUGGACUAGCCGUUAUCACCAUCAACAAGAUCACAAGAGCAGAUGAUGGUACCUACAGAUGCAAGAUCGUAAAUGAGUAUGGUGAGGACAGCGGCUACGCAGAGCUGUUCGUCAAUGGCGUCAGAUCUUACCGGGACUUCUUCACAACACGUGUAGUUAAGAAGACCAAGCGCAGAGUUGACACUGCCAGAAUGCUGCAGAAGCCACCAGAGUUCACACUUCCUCUGGUCAACAGCACAGCCUACAUCGGUGAGGAUGUGCGCUUGAGUGUCACAAUCACCGUUCACCCUGAGCCUCGUGUCAUCUGGCACAGAUCUGGGCAGAAGCUCUUACCUGGACAAGACGACCGGAAAUACACCUUCAUCAGCGACACAGGCCUGUACCAGCUGAUUAUUCGCAGCCUUGAGGUUGAAGAUGAUGCCGAGUACAGUGUUGUUGCUCGCAACAGAUAUGGUGACGACAGCUGCAAGGCACGCCUUACUGUGGUUCCUCGACCUAAACCAGCCGAUCUCACCUUGAGGCCCAUGUUUAAGCGCCUGCUUGCAAAUGUUGAGUGCAGAGAGGGCCAGAAUGUGCGUUUUGAAAUCAGAGUCUCUGGCCAUCCAGCACUGAAGUGGGAGAAGGAUGGCACUCCAUUGGCCUUUGGACCAUCCAUUGAGGUUGUCCAUGAGGGUCUGGAUUACUUCAUCCUUCAUAUAAGAGACACUCUUCCAGAAGACUCUGGUGUGUACAGGGUUACUGCAACCAACUCUGCAGGAUCAGCCAGUUGCCAGGCCAUUCUGAAAGUGGAACGUGUUACUCAUGUCAAGAAGGAGUAUGAGAUGAGUGAGAAGGAGAAGCAAGCACAAGCUGGGAAAGAGGAGCUGGACAAGAAAGUCCGGCUGUCUCAGAUUCUUACCGGCACUGUUGUUACACCUCUACCACCUGUAGCCGUACAGGCUGUCAGGGAGGCAGCCACCAUGUUCAAACCUGCUGUGACAACAAAGAAGGGUGAAAAGACUGAGGCUGAGAUACAGAAAGAGAAAGAGGAGAGGAAGAAGCGGGCGGAUGAGAAGAGGCUGCGUAUGCCCUAUGUGGUUCCUACUCCCCGUGUUAUUAAUCCAGCUGUCCUUGAGGAAGAUGUUGAAAUCAAACACUUCCAGCCACUGUCUGACAUGAAGUGGUACAAGAAGCUGCGGGAUCAGUAUGAGUUCCCUGAGCCCAUGGAUAAAAUUAAGCAGAAAAGGAUGAAGCGUAUCCGCCUUUCACGGUGGGAGCAGUUCUACGAGGUGCCAAUAAGGAUCAAGGACCAGUACAAGCCCAAGUGGCGCAUCUCGUCUUUGACUCAGGAUGAUUUGGAGACCGUGAGGCCUGCAAGGCAACGUACUCCUUCCCCUGAGAUGGACACCUACCACAGGAUCAGGAGGAGGUCUCUGGGUGACCUGUCAGAUGAAGAGCUGCUGCUGCCUGUGAACGAGUACUUGUCAAUGAAGAGGACAGAGGAGGAGAGGCUUCGUCUGGAGGAUGAGCUGGAACUCGGCUACUCUGCUUCUCCACCUAGCCUUAGCCCAGUUCGCUUUGAGCUGUCGGCCUUGCGCCCCUCAUCUCCUAGAAGAGCCUACACUGAUGAAGAAGAGGGAGAAGAAGUUCCCAGAUAUGACUCCUACCGUAUCCCAUCCAAAUACGAGGCUGGCCCAAGUUUCGUUGAUCUGCGGCAACGCCAUGACAAAGUGACGUACAAACCCCAGAGACAACAGCAGAAAGUGUAUGAAGAGAGAGAGGAUCAAGAGCUGCUGCGCCCUCACACCACAGCUCAGAGGAUCAUCUCCUACAAGAGUGACCUCAAACGCAUGGAGUUUGAGGAGAAGACUCGGGUCAAGAGGAAGGAGACAACUACCACCGUCACAUACUCUGAGGCUGUUGAAUCUGACUACCUGACAACCUUUACCUCAGAAUAUAUUCCCAAACCAAUCAAGAAGACCUCAAUGCCUGAGCCAGAGAGAAGGAGGUCUCCCACCCCAGGAAGGGCUGUUGUGACCGACGUGACCCUUCCAAGAGUUGACUUUGCAUCCAGGUAUGAGGAGAGAAAGCAGGCUUUGAGAUCAGAAAGAAGAUCAGUGGAGAGGAAGGUUGAGGUGGUGACACAGGCUCCCUUCAGCCUUGACCACGUCCCACGCGUUACCAUCAGGAUGCGUUCUCAUCGUGUGCCCUAUGGCUCAAACACAAAGUUCACUCUGAAUGUCCAGGCCAAACCUGAUCCAGAGGUCAAAUGGUUCCACAAUGGCAAAGAGAUCAGCCAGAGUAGCAAAUACCACAUGACCAACCUUAGUGGGGUUCUUACUCUCCAGAUCAAGAACUGCGUCACUGAAGAUGCUGGAACUUACCGUGUUGUCUGCAGGAACGCUAAAGGAGAGACUUCUGACUAUGCCACACUGGAUGUAGCUGGGGCUGAAUAUGCUGCCUUCUCUUCCCUCCGCAAAGACGAGGAGCCUCCAUCCUCCCAUCUCCCUGAGAUGACCAGAACAGAGAUGUAUCACGUCUCUUCCUCUAAAACAACAGUGAAGGAAACGAAAACUACAACAGAGUCAACAACAGUUGUUGAAAAGCCAAGACAGAAGCCUGCCAAGUUCCUGACCAAGCCAAAAUCCAUGACAGUAGAGGAGGGAGACUUUGCCAGGUUUGACUGUGAUGUGGAAGGUGAACCGGCACCAUCUAUCGUCUGGUUGCACCAAGGAGCAGCUAUUGGUUCCACCUCUCGUCACCACGUCAUCUCUUCUCCAAGCAACUCCAGCUUUGAGAUCUGCCCUGUCGAGGUGUCAGACGAAGGCAGCUACAGUGUGCUAGUGGAAAAUGCAGGAGGCAAAGAAGAGGCUCGUUUUAGUCUGACCGUCAAGAAGUCAGAGUCCAAAGCCACCGCCACCACCAGAGUUACCUCUCCAGAGGCCAAGUCCCCUCUCGCCAAGUCCCCUGAACCAGUAAAAUCCCCUCUCGCCAAGUCCCCUGAACCAGUAAAAUCCCCUCUCGCCAAGUCCCCUGAACCAGUAAAAUCCCCUCUCGCCAAGUCCCCUGAACCAGUAAAAUCCCCUCAGAGAGUCAAGUCCCCUGAGCCAAUAAAGUCCCCUCAAAGAGUGAAGUCUCCAGUCUCACCAAAAUCCCCCACACCCAAAUCCCCCACACCAAAGUCCCCUACUCCAAUCUGAGAAGGAAUGAGUGACUUCUACCGAGUCACCACAGACUGUGGCGAAGACUCCGGCUCUGCAACUGUCAACUUUGACAUUUGGUCCAUAAAAAGCUAAUUUAUUUCCCCUUUUUCUUCAUCCAGAACCUUUUAUUUAGUGAAUUAGUAACAAUAAUACUUGAUAAAGAUCUGGUUUUCUGUUCUUGUAAAUAUGAACUAUUUUUGUACCAAACUUGACAUUAAUUUAUGCCAAACUAGACUAAAGUCUAAAGUUGUUAUGAAAUGUGCCAUAUUGGACAAGUAUGACUUAGGAUUUUUGAACCACUUUUCUGUGACAUGUACAUAAUGUAUAUAGCCGAACUGAACGGUUAUGAGAAAUGUAUGCAUUGUUAUUUAUGACAAUAAUAUUAACUGAAACAAAAUAACAAAUUGAACAGGAGAAAGUUACGAGUAGAACGAUUACCCUGUCGAAUCAAGAAACUAAACAAUGUGCCUCAACGAUAAGUUGAAGUCUUAAGAUUGCCUCAACAGGUAGAGAGGCUCCCUGUUGAUGUUCUGAACCAGAAACAGAAAGACUAAGUUAUUGUUUUGGACACGCGCCUGUGCGUGUGAUAUUACAGUUUCCUAUGAGCAUAAGACCCUGAGUGCUGUUUGCAUCACCCUCAUGUAAGCAGCAUGAACUGGCCUUGUGCUCAGACUGACUGCGUCAUACCACCAUGAUUUGAUGACCAGCUCCAAGUGCAAGCGGCAUGCACUUUGAGUGUUUAGAUCAUUUUAUUUAAGAGCGCUGCGUCUCGCACAGGACGGCUGGACUGGCUUUUAGAAAGAUUACAUCUCCUGGCCAUAAAGUAAAGUCAGAGCCAGCUCUGCGGUGCAGAAGCAGCGCCGUCUCUUGGAGGAUAGCUAGCUAACGUGUUUGUGUGUUUGAGUGUGAGUGUUUGUAGCUUGUAGACAUUUCACCUUGUCAGUAGUCAGGGUCAUCUUCUUCUGCCUCACCACAGCGACUCGAUCUGCUGUGAGAAGAAAGAAUGGCAAACGCGUGUUACCCUGCACUUUUAUUUAAUUGAUCUGUUGAUGUAGAACUAUAACUCAUCCUCCUUGAGUUUUAUGCAUUACUGAUUUAAUAAAGCAUGAUUUCAGCACUAUA